CCGGGGGCGGGAGAGGAUCAACAAGUAAAAGGAUGGUGGCUUGUUGAGAAUAUGUGAGGCAAGAGAUCAGUUCAACGGGGGCGAGCUAUCCAGGCAGCCGGUAUAGCGCGCCCGAUGGUUUUUGCGACUCACAGCCAGGCUUGGGGGUCAAAAGUGAGGCGGGCGGCUGCGGCUGCUCGAGACAAGCCCCUUCUCCGUCCCUGGCGCGCGCGCAACAACCUUUUCUUCCGGGGUGGUGAAGAGAGAAAAGGAGCCACAAUUCGGAUUUCCACCAUGGAGCUGCCGGUGACUGACCUCAGGGAGGGCAGUUGCGGCGGCAAGGGCUCGGAGGCGCCUCGGGAGCGACGCCCGCCGGUGUCUGUGGCGGCGGUGCUCCCCGCCGGAGGAAGCGGGGAGCGCCUGGGCGGCUGCACUCCGAAGCAGUUCUGCGCUCUGCUGGGGAGGCCGCUCGUUAGUUACACGGUGCGAGCCAUGGAAAGGUAAAUAGCCGCCGCCGCCUCCUCCUCUUCCCUCACGCCAGCCGUUAGCGCGGCCAACGGCUUUUUCCCUUCACCCACGCAUGCGCACACGCUCUCCAGGGCUGACAGGAAUGCCCCCCCCCCGCCUUCCAAGAGAAAUAAUAACUGUCAAUGUGUAAAACGCAAAGGAAACAGUGUGGGUGUAUGAGGGGAACCCCCCCCCCCGCGCAAAAAUAUCGCAUUUGGGCAACGUUGGGGUCGGUCCCAAUAAGGGUUUUUGCCAAAAAUGCGGGUCAUAAUCAUGGCAAUAGCACUUCACGCACCUGAGAUUUUGAAGAAGACGCAGCUCUGCCUGGAAGCUUACAAUUUAACCUACUUAGAAACAUUUUAAAAGGAAGGGGAGUCAGGAAAUCAAAUUCAGCUCUGUAUUAUGUGCACACGUGAAAAGACCUAUUGAUUUCGCGAGGAUUCGCUUUCAGAGUCGUGCUUACUUACCUGCUGAAUGCAGGGGUGUUUAUUCUGAUUAAACACUAGUUUUGCAGCCUUGAUUCCAGGGCUUUAUUGCUAAGAUGAGGGAGAUGUUCAAAGGCAAGCCCCACCUACUCGGACCCCUUGUCCUAUGGAGCCUCAUCUAGUAAAAAGUAUUUGCAGUUCUGAGUGCUCAUGAUCACUAAUGGAAGCUUAAGCAUGUGUUGUACUUAUUUAUCUUUUACACUUACACUCCACUUUUUUUCUAAGGAGCUCAAGGUGGCGUACAUGGUACAUGUUGACUUGGAGGUCCCACUAAGUUCAGGGAAGAUCUUACUGUGUUUUGAACUGCAGGUUUGGAAUUUGAUCCUAUGCAGCUGGGUACACCUAAGCUGCUUGAAAUGAGUGGGCUUUUUCAAAGUAUUCACAGGUUUGGUCUGUAAAUGAUCUUGAGUAUGUAGCUGUCUAUAUCCCAGGUCAUUUCAUAUUCCAGGUAAUUCCAAAUCCUAAAGUUGUAGGUUUGAUGGGAAGAAAAGAAAAAUCAUUGCAAGUGAUGUGGUUGUUUUUUUUAAUUAAAAAAAUUGAAUUGGAAUUAGGGUAAUUUACACUGGAAAUUUUUAUGAUGUCCUAGGGAGUAAUCUAAUUUAGCAUAACUGUGUUUAGUAAAUGAAGCUAGUGGCAUUGCCUAAUAUUUACUUGUAGUUGACAUCUAUUUACUGUUACUAAUGAAAUUAUGAAAUGGAAAAAAUUAUGUGGGGAAAAUAAGGCACUGAAACCCCUACAUCAGUAACUGUAAGCAUGUAAAUAAUGUGAUGAAUGGGGCCAUAACUCUUUGGAGAUCAUAUAAUUUGCAUGCACUGGGUCCCAAGUCCUUCUCCCUGUCAAGUCCUGGUAUGGCUGGAAAAAGAGGCCUGCCUGAAAAGUUGGAGAGACACUGUCAGAGCCCGCAAAGAAUAGACUCCAUGCAGUUGUACCCUUUAACUCUACAGUUAAUAUUUUGGAAUAGCUACCACCCCUAUCCUGUAUUUCCCAGCUAUUCAUGGCAGGCCUUUAUUGCUCCAGCUCCUCCAACUGUCAUUUUUCCGAACUGUCAGAAAUGCUGAUGUCAAAGUCUAUACCCAGUUGGUGCAAACAGGGAGCCAUACAGCCAUGGGGCAGUACUGCUUUCAGUUCUGGAUACCAUAAAAUUUGGACUGCCAUGGGUGAAUAGAUAAAAUAGGAGGCUAUCACUUGGAUACAUUAUUGUGAUUGGCAUUAAAUCUGUUCCCUGGCCCUGAUUACUUACAGGCAUCUCCCCACUUACCUGUGUUCUGCUUGCAUGGUGCUGGGAAAUAAAUAAAUAAAUAGAAUCAUACUGUACCAGGAAGUGGUGGGAGAGAGCUGGAGAGUCCUCGCAGCUUACAAGGAGACCCUCCCCAGAACCUGAAGAGGGCGGAGGAAGCCCCAAAGAGACCUGUGGCGCAGUGGGGUUUUGUUUACCUAAUAGCUGACAUGUGGGGUAGCACAGCAGCCACUGCUGCCACUUUCCUGUGUGUCCUCCAACCUCCAGCUGGUCCCAGAGCUUCAACUCUAGAUAUUUUGGUCUGGGUUAGAGAGGGAACUGGAGAGCAGAAAAAAAUAGACGUUUAGAGACUUUUUAGAGGGUGCUCUGCACUUUAUGCAAUUUUACUUAUGCUUGUGGGGCCCAGGAUCAUAACCCCUGCAUAAAUGAGGGGACGCCUGUACUCUAGACUCUAGAGUAUUCCAUUGAGAAUCAAGCCUGCCCCAGUUUUGUAUAGCUUUUCUCUUUAUCUGCAUAAUCCAGUCCAGGGUUCUUAGCCCCACUAGGGCAAUAGUCUCACUAGCUGGUCAGGACUCAAAGCUGGAUUGUAUCCUGACCUAAGGUGGAUCAGCCCAGUGGCAUUACAGCAUUACUUGCAUAUGGAGGCAAAUUAAGGAUCAGUGCUGUACUGCAUGUAUGGGCUAAUGGAGCUUCUGAGUAUGAAAAGGUUUAACAUUCUGCAUGAGAGUCCGUUGGAAUGUUGGAAAUGAACUGGUUUAUAUGUGACUGAGGCCCUGCAUGCUGAAAAUAGAUUCCAGGACUGAGCCUGAAAUAACAUUGACUUAGGUUAAGUUUAUUGUGUUUUGAAACAACACGGUGCAUGCUUACUACCCCAUCUGUUGAAUUCAAUCUUGUCUUCUCAUGUUCAUUUUUAAUAACAUUCUUUCUGCGCCUGUUGUGGCCCAUUUGUGUUGCCUACCACCCUUUGUGGCUUGCCCUUCUUUGCUUUUGUUGUUCCUCAUAGACUGUGUUGUCUUGAUAGUUUGGCAGGUGCAUAAAUUGUAAUUUUGCACACCACUACCCUGUGUUUGCCUGUGAAGAAUGAUUCGGUCAGUGACCUUUUUGCCAUGUGCAGAAAGGAAAAUGACUUGGAUAUAUGAAGAAUGGUUGUACUCAGCAGUUUUUCAAACAGUGUGUUAAGGUGGGCAAUGGGAAUACAGAGUCAGAAAUUCUCAGGGCUUAGCCCUGAAGAUUUUUUCUAAUACAAUGGCUGUUUAUGUGAAUCAAUAAAGAGGUGUCUGAGUUCAGGAGUGGGGUGUUUUUCUGUUCCAGAAAGCCUUCACACUUGGGCAGAAGAGAGUACUUGCAUGUGAAUUUGUUUAAAGAUACAAAAUAUACAGCACAGAAGCUGAGUUAAAAAUACAGUUUUUAGAAGGGAACGGAGCGAUUCUGUCACCCACACAAAAUCAACAUAUUGGUUAAAACUGACUGUGAUGAACCCCUGCAAGUGUUCCCUAUUGCAUGCCAAUGGUGCCAGAGGAAUAGAUUUAUCACCAUUCUCUCCAACAAAUCCCUGUGGUGGUAGUGGUGGAAAAACUAGUGUGUGUGGUUAACACUGACUAAUAUUCCAUUAUCACUAAUUUCUGCAUAUGUUGGUAUUUAUGCAUGCCUUGGCAUGAUGGAUGAGCAUUGUUUUGGCACUCCAACUUAUGCUCAUUCAUUCUUAGCUGUCUUAGCCCCCCACUUGUGCCACCCUGCAUGUCCCUUCUCUCUUUCCAUCUGUAUUGGCUCUUUCCAAGAAGCCUUCUCUGACCCCAUCCUGGGUGGGUUGCUUUCAUUCUUUACAGAUGCCAGAGGAUUACUAUGUCUUGCUUUGAGCUUUGGCAGCACUUUAUACAGUGUCAUGCUAACAAUUUAAUUGGCUCCUGCCUCAAUCUCUGGGACUCAUCAGCAGCUAGUACCCUUCUCAGAAAACAUAUGAAAAGACCCCCCACUCCAAUCAUUUGUGGCUUCCUUGCUUUCCAGUAUCUUCUAAUUGCAGACUUUCUUCCCUUUUCAAUAGCUCUUUGAUGGCAUAUUGCCCCGAACAGGCACCAUCUAGUCCUUGGUCAAAUUAAAAAAGGUGUCUUUAGCUGGAAAGAUCAAAUAUCCCCCCCCCCCGAAAGAGUACCAAGUGAUGUACCUUUUCUGAGAGCUGGCGUCUUCUAAAAUAAGGGACAUCUGGAAAACAUUUUAGCACAAAGUUGCAAGUUCCAUUAUGUUCCAGAAUCUUUUUUUCUUUUCAAGGAGUUAUGACCCAUGAUUAGCUUUGUGAUAUAUUUGGAUCUACGUCUUGAUGAAGUCUGCUAAAAGACAGAAAUUGAUUCCAUCUAUUACUUUUUGCUUCUUUGAAUGAAGUUAUCUGCUUCAUCGUCUUUCAUGAGCACCACACACUGUAUUCUUCCGUCUAUUUCAUAAGUGAAGCGAGCACUGAGUAGUACUGUAUUGGGUUAAAAAAUAAAAAUAAAAAUAUUGUUUGUGCUAUAUUCUGCCUUUUGACCUGCUUUCCAAAGCUUAAUUAUCACCCCUUAAUAUAAAACAUUCCAUUUAGCUUCUGUUUCAAAAUAGAAUGCAAUCUGAAAACAUGCAAAGGUUUUGAUACAUUUUAAAGGAAAACUAUUUUUUAAAUAAAUAUUCUCUUUUAGUGUAAUUUUUGAGCUUGCAUUUUGGUAGAAAUAACAUCUACUUAGAAGUUCAGCUCUAUCCAGUGGUGCUUUUGCCUUGGUGAAAAUACUUCAGCUCAUGCACGGUCCCAGUUUUCACCAGUCCCCUUUACCCACCUAAGGCUCCCUAAAAAUAUGUUUCUGAGGGUUGGGUACCCUCUGGAACAGCAUGGGUUAUGGCACUGGCAGGAGAUUUCUGCAGAAACUGGGUUCUGUGAAUGAAAACACUUUCCACUAAGGCAAACUCACUGGGAAGAAGGAUUAAUUGUUAAAUCACCCUGGGAGCUGUUGCUGUGUGAGGGAAAUGUUGUUGUUGUUUAGUCGUGUCCGACUCUUCGUGACCCCAUGGACCAGAGCACACCAGGCACUUCUGUCUUCCACUGCCUCCCGCAGUUUGGUCAGACUCAUGUUUGUAGCUUCGAAGACACUAUCCAACCAUCUCGUCCUCUGCCGUCCCCUUCUCCUUGUGCCCUCCAUCUUUCCCAACAUCAGGGUCUUUUCCAGGGAGUCUUCUCUUCUCAUGAGUUGGCCAAAGUAUUGGAGCCUCAGCUUCACGAUUUGUCCUUCCAGUGAGCACUCAGGGCUGAUUUCCUUCAGAAUGGAUAGGUUUGAUCUUCUUGCAGUCCAUGGGACUCUCAAGAGUCUCCUCCAGCACCAUAAUUCAAAAGCAUCAAUUCUUCGGCGAUCAGCCUUCUUUAUGGUCCAGCUCUCACUUCCAUACAUCACUACUGGGAAAACCAUAGCUUUUACUAUACGGACCUUUGUUGGCAAGGUGAUGUUUCUACUUUUUAAGAUGCUGUCUAGGUUGGUCAUUGCUUUCCUCCCAAGAAGCUGGCGUCUCUUAAUUUCGUGGCUGCUGUCACCAUCUGCAGUGAUCAUGGAGCCCAAGAAAGUAAAAUCUCUCACUGCCUCCAUUUCUUCUCCUUCUAUUUGCCAGGAGGUGAUGGGACCAGUGGCCAUGAUCUUCGUUUUUCUGAUGUUGAGCUUCAGACCAUAUUUUGUGCUCUCCUCUUUCACCCUCAAUAAAAGGUUCUUUAAUUCCUCCUCACUUUCUGCCAUCAAGGUUGUGUCAUCUGCAUAUCUGAGGUUGUUGAUAUUUCUUCCAGCAAUCUUAAUUCCGGCUAGGGAUUCAUCCAGCCCAGCCUUUCGCAUGAUGAAUUAGGGGUCUCCUAACACCUCUUAGUACCCAUAGCAAACAUUAAGUUCCCAGAAUUGUUGGGGGGAAAGCUAUGGCUAUGUAAAGUGAUAUCUCAUUCUUCUUUGGUGAUCACUCGUAGCCAUGUAAGAUUGUCUUCCAUGAAAACAGUCGUAACACUGAGUCUAUAAGUGACUGUGGAGGCCAAUUCUGAUCCACACGUCCUUCCACAGUGGGGACAUAGUUUUCUGGGUGGGAGUUGAUCACGGUGAGGGUUUGCCAAAUGUGCCUUCCUCUUAGCUCAUUUCUCCUUAUCACCCUGAGUUUGUGCAUCUUCAAGGUCCACAACAGCUUUGGUAAAGGCUGUUCUCCAAUUGGAACACUCACAGGCCAGUGUUUCCCAAUUGUUGGUGUUUAAACAGUACAGUGGUACCUCGGGUUAAGUACUUAAUUCAUUCCGGAGGUCCGUUCUUAACCUGAAGCACCACUUUAGCUAAUGGGGCCUCCUGCUGCUGCUGCGCCUCCGGAGCAUGAUUUCUGUUCUCAUCCUGAAGCAAAGUUCUUAACCCGAGGUACUAUUUCUGGGUUAGUGGAGUCUGUGACCUGAAGCGUAUGUAACCUGAAGCGUAUGUAACCCGAGGUACCACUGUACUAUAUUUUUUAAAAGAUUUGCCUUGAGAGAGUCUUUAAACCUCUUUUGUUGACCACCAGCAUUACACUUUCCAUUCUUAAGUUGGGAAUAGAGUAGCUGCUUACGAAGACAGUAAUUAGGCAUCCGAACAACAUGACCAGUCCAACUAAGUUGAUGUUGAAGAAUCAUUGCUUUGACACUGGUGAUCUUUAUUUCUUCCAGUACACGGACAUUAGUUCACCCAUCUGCCCCAGUGAUGUGUAAAAUUUUUCGGAGAUACCGUUGAUUGAAUCGUUCAAGGAUUUAAAUAUUUAAAAUGGUAUGAUACUGCUUUAAAUGUAUAGUGCAGAUGGGGGUCAUAGUUGGCAAAUUCACUACAAGUUUCCCUAAGGCCAUACCCUAUUAUACCCCAGUCAUAAUAGGAGAGAACCUUCUUAUGCCUCUAGUAAAUAGUAUAUGUCUAAGAAUAUUUUGUAUCUUAACAAAUAGAUUGCAAUUGUGAGUAAAUUCUGGUCACAAAGUUGGUUAUUUAGUUGAGUAAAUGAGAAGAUUUAUAAUUCGAAGAUCUAAUGUAGAAAUUUCUGUUGGGUAAAACAUAGUUCACCAUUGUUCUGAACAUGUGAAUUGUGUCUUGCUUUUUUUGCUAGUGUUCCUAAAUGGCAAACAAGUAAAAUAUUUAGGAAAAAAAAUACUCGAAUAUUUAGACAUGUGCAUUAAAUAAUUUUAUUCAAUGCCUUAUAGAAUCAGCUGGAUAUCUGAUAUUGUUGUGGUGGUGUCUCCGGAGAACGUUGAAGUAAUGAAGUCUAUUAUAAAAAAAUAUGGUCACAAACGAACAACAGUAGCCGAAGGUGGAAUGACUCGUCAUAGAUCGAUCUUCAAUGGAUUGAAAAAAUUUGCAGAGAGCCACCUUCUCAGUUCACCACUUCAGAAACCAGAAGUAGUAAUAAUCCAUGAUGCCGUGAGACCAUUUGUUGAGGAGGACAUACUUUUUAAAGUAGUUAUGGCUGCCAAAGAGCAUGGGGUAAGUACUGUAAAAUCACAGAACUCUAAUGCUGAGAUAGUAGGUGGUAACACAGAGACAACUAACAGUGCUCUGAGUUUGGAUGAUCUCAGUGAUCAGACUGCGAUAUAAGGGCUCAGGCACUUCAUAAGAUAUCCUGGACCCAAGUUUUUAAGGGUUUUCAGUAUCUUGAACCUGGCCUGGUAGGAUAGGAUAGGUAGGAUAGAGACAGCAAGUAUAGAUUUUCUAGGAGAGAUGUCACAUGCUUUUACCAUCUGACCUCACCAGCAGCCUAGCUCCUGCCUUCUGUUCCAGCUGGAGCUUCCAGACUAGGGUAAAGGGCAUAGAGCACAUUACAGUAACCCAACCUUGAGUUUACCAAUGCAUGGACUACAGUGAUAUGGUUAAGCUGAUCCAUGCAGAGAAAGACUCUGGAAAUUAAGCAUUCCAAGGUAUCCUAAAAUGAGUUAAAGAACAUUUAACGCUCAUUUAAAUUUCUAUGAAAAAUAAUGAUUUCCUCUUACAUUGUGUGUGUAGAGACUUCCUGGUUUUCUUUCCUUUCUUUUUCAUUAAAAAAACACAACCUGUCUGAAACUUCAUACUAAAUCACUCAUGCAAGGAAGAUGAUGCUAAUUUAGAGUUCAGGUUCUGCAUACCAUAAAGAUAGCAUAAUUGUAUGAAGUUUUAAUGUUCUUAAAAUGGCAAUUGAUCAAGUAGGAUAUUGCACUCCUUAAUUCCACUUGUCAGUGGAAUAAAUUACUUUAUUACAUUUACUAAUCAGUUUGUUAUUUGCCUGAAGGAUUCAAAAUGUGCAACUUUCCAGACCUUCCAAAUUAGGCCUUAAUAAAUUAAUUAUAUGAAACAAUCUCCUGAUAAUGUUAGAAUAGAAUUUUGUAACCAAUUAGAUUCCAUUUAUGUUUUAAAGCAAUUUAUAAUUAAAAUUUUACAUUUCUAAAAACCACUAUUUUUGUUGCCAAUACAAGUUGUGGAAAGUAGUGGAAACAGAAGAAGGCAGCAUUCCAAAGCCCCUAGCAAGUUUUUUAUUGCCAACAAUUUAAACUGCACCACAAAGAAAAAUGCUUGCAGCAUGUUUUCUUUAAAUUGAACUUGUCAGUCCAGCUUGAAAGAUAGAAUUGAGAGACAGAGUCUCUAUAAUUACAACAAGUAUUAAAUUAAGUCUGAUUCUUUCCUUACAAUUAUUGCUGUUUAUAAGUAAAAAGUGACUCAAAAACUUUCACGUUUUCAAAAGUUAGAAUUUUCCUGAUUGUUUUUUGGAUUUGUACUUCACAUGAAACAGGCAGCCAAUUGAAAGAUGAGACUGAUGCUUCUUCAUGCUUUCAAAUAAACCUUUAGUGUUAAAUGUGAAAUUGUACAUUUUGAAAAUAAAUAUUGAUUAGGGAUAUAACAAUGUGAUUAGUUUGAAAAGAGUUGACUGCCAGAAUACCUAGGUGUAGAAUCUAGCUUCUGUUGAGUGAGAAUUCAGGAUGUUGUGUUUGUGUUCAGUGCCUGUGCACUUUUACUUAGACCAGGUGUAUGUGUAUUCUAGGGCUAGAAAAAUCACCUUCAGAGUUGCCAAACUGCAGAAUUACAGAAUUUGGACUGAAGGAUCACAUAGAUAAAUGGAAGCUCCAUUGCAGAUGAGCACAGGAUAUAGUAUAUAUUGGCCUUACAUGGAAUGGAAUUGCCAUGCCCAUAACUUCCAUGCUUUCGAUGAAUGAGUUUGUAAGCAUAUUAGCCCCAAGUUUUCUUGAUCUUAUAAUUUCAUUGUAUUUCUUAAAGGAAAUUCACUGAAUGACAUAGAUCACCUUGGAGGGAGGCAUCCAUUAAAAUCUAACUUAAUUGUGGCUCUAUAUUAAUUAACAUUUAUACUGUGAUUUGACAUGUUGAAAAUACUUAUUUAUUUAUUUAAUUAAUUAUAGUAGUAAUCUCUACAUCAGUUCUCUAAGAGUAUUUCUCCUAGUUUUUAUUAUCUUCCUGGUAUAUCUAGUAGUUUAAGAAGUGUACUUGGCAUACACUGUAAUCUGUUGUUAUCCUCAUGUUAUGGGAGUGGAAGGUGAGACAGAGUGUCUAUUGCAGCCCUAGAAUGUUGUCUGCUUCAGUUAUCAGAGAUUGCAAAUUGAGAGAAUGUGACAAAGAGGUGUAAAACAGGUCACUCAAUGAAGCUAAGCUGAGCCAGAAAUUGCAAAUCAAUCAUAGCACAUCCUUGCACACACAGGCAAACACACAACAGCACUCUAAGGUGCUCACAUGCAUCUGGCAUUGUUUCACAUAUAAAAACAGACACAGCACUAAUGUUACCUACCUCCUGGCUUUUGUUCAGCCUUUUAGCCUGAUGAUUACCUUUUCUCAGAGGGCAGAGGAGGGACCCAACUUUACCUUUGUUGUUGUCGUUUAGUCGUGUCCGACUCUUCGUGACCCCAUGGACCAGAGCACGCCAGUCACUCCUGUCUUCCACUGCCUCCCGCAGUUUGGUCAAACUCAUGCUGGUAGCUUCGAGAACACUGUCCAACCAUCUCGUCCUCUGUUGUCCCCUUCUCCUUGUGCCCUCAAUCUUUCUCAACAUCAGGGUCUUUUCCAGGGAGUCUUCUCUUCUCAUGAGGUGGCCAACUUUACCUAGGCAACAACAAUCUGGCAAUGAGCAUGUACUGAAUUAACUUACACUUAGUUUAAAUUGGAAACUUUGAAAUCUCAUAACUUUAGGAACACACAGUGGAUCCCCACCUAACUCUUGGAAAGGGAAACCCCUGUAGUAUCUCUUUUCUUUUACAUAAUUUAAACUAAAAAGGAAAAAAUGGAAGGUACCCCAAAAUUGUAGAAAACACGGAAUCCCCCUGCACUUCAAUGAUAAAAAAUUAACUGUUUUAAGUUUAGUCAUUUUCCUUUUUUCGCUUUCCCCCCUUUCUUUCUUUUUGGUAAUGUGGCUAGCUUAAACCCUUUGCCAGGUAGAUUCGCUAUGCCAAGUUGCAUAGUGAUAGGAUGAAUCAUCUUGAUUUUAUUAUGAAUGGAAUUCUGAAACAGCUGUUUUAACUAUACAGCUGCUCCUAGAGCAGCACAAUAAGAAAUUUAUGUGUAUAGAUUUUGUUAUACUUCAGAAUGAAAUUUUGUUGUUGGAUAUCUGAUUUUGGCUGUAUAGGUGACUGACAUGUAAGAUGAGACAUAGUUUGGAGACACUGUUUCAAAACCAGCUGCACCUGCAAUUACAGUAGAACAGCAGAACAGUUGCAUAAGUGCUGCAUUAAAGAAAAGGAGAGGCUUUGUCAACCUCACAUAAAGAUAUGUGAGGUUGUGCAUAUGUUUAGGAUGAAGUUUCUAAGAAUGCUUACUAAGCUUGUGAAGACAUUUUCCAUCCCCUAAUUAGGAAUGCUGUAUGUUGGUUGCAGCAGACAAAUGUGGGGGAAAAACUGAGCAGUUGUCCACUGAGUCUGUUUGAGGGUUACCACUAUACAGCAUUCUAGUGAAAGAUGGCCAUUCUGUCAUCCCUUCUAUCAGUUUAUAAAAUGCACUAUUCCCUGGAACAAGCUCUAGAUCAGAUAUAUACUCAACCUUUUUGAGCCCAAGGGCAUGUUUAGAAAUCUUAGGGUGGUGUCCAACAAAGUAGUUCUGCUAGGGCAUGGACUUUGGCUGUGAAACAGAAUUUCACCUCUUGCUCCUCUCCCUGCGCCCAUCUAAAUCUGUUCUGGGGUUUCCCCCCAGAUUUGCACACGGGGAAAGGUGAGGAGGGAAAGUUCUGUUACGCAAGCAGAAUCCUUGUGCUAGCAGAACUACUUUGAUGGUUACCACCAUAAGAAACUGUCAUGGGUCUCACAAAAUACUAGUUUCCUAGAAUCACAGCUGGUGAUGCUCAGAACCCUCUACAACUCCCCAGCAACAAAACAGACAAAAAAAGCAAUCAACAUCCCCCAAACAGGCAAUCAAAUAACCCAAUGGCUGCCAUGUUGGGGGGCCCUAGCUUUAGAUCAUGGUUGUCCUACGGUGGUACACUGUUUCAGGCUACAAAUGGGGGCAUUUCAUAAAAAUAAAAAAAUCACCUCUGUGAAAUGCACAAACAAACCGCUCGCUUAAAGUAAAAAAGAAUCUAUGAGGUUGUUCUUCUCCCUUCCUUUUCUAUUUGGAGAGAUUAAACACACAACAACCUUGACAUGGUAGAGUUCACUCUACUACUUCAUUUUGCUGAACAUGUAGAAUAAUAACUAGAUGAACGCUAUAAGAGCCAGCAUUUUCUGGUUGUUAUGCCCGUUACUGUUUUUCAGAAAGUUAGUGCUCCGAGGACUAUUUGCUCCUGGGCUGACUUUAAGAACACCACUUAAUAUACGGUAUCAAUGAAGGGUUUUAAAAAAAUUGCUUGUGGGUGAAUUUCAUUGUUCUUUUAGAUACUAUUUGUAUGACUGAAGGUUCCUUAGAAGCAAGGUUUUCUGCUGUGCUUCUUUUUUCUUACGCUGCUUCAUGGCUUGCACCGCCCCCCUCUCCAAGCCAUACAUGGAGGCUCCAGGGACUAGUUGAAAACAUUCCUAAUGCAAUUAGUGCAUGUCAUUUCAUUGAGAAGUGCAACUUUGUAACUUAAAUGAUCAACAUCCUUAAGGCAUGUGCCUUUCUUCUGAUUUCUAAUUUGCCUUAGUGCUAUCACAAAAUGAGCUACUGUGCUUGCACAUACCUGCAGCAACUUGUUAUCGGAUAGAAAAUGCAGCAAAUGUUCUUGUGCAGUAUUGAAAACUUAGGGAAAGCUUUCCUUCUUUCUUCACCAGUUGCAAGAGAGACAGCAAAAUUGCUCUGCUUUGGUUUUGUUUGACAUAGCAGAGUGGGCCCCUGCAAAAUCGUUGAGUGCUCUAUUGCUCCCCAAAGCUUACUGAUCUCAUGCAAUCCUUCUCGUGCAGUAUAUGUUAUUCGGUGUUUAAAUUUUCAGGUAUGCUUUGAACCUUCUAGUAAUGUUUUGAUUCUCUUGACUUCCUUUGUUGUUGGGCAAGAAGCCAACAAGCUGUGGGUUGAGACGGAGGAGGUCUGGUACAGCCUCUGGAUCCUAUUCCUGGCUUCCUUCAAAUUUUAGAUAUUUCAUUAUAGUGCUCAUUAGUGAAAUAUUAUUUCCCCCAAGGCAGUCUAAAGGACUCUCCCAGUGAUUCAUAACUUGUGGGACACUAUACACCAUUCAGCUAUAAAAUUAUGACUACCUCAAAUCAGGCUGCAGAAAAACAUUUUUAAGUGGUACUGUUUUUAAAUUAUGACAAGUCCAGUGUUCUAAGAAAUAUUUCUUGUACUUGGACUCUCCCCUCCCCAAUAACUUAUUGCGCACAGAGAGCACAGUAAUGAUACUCAUUGUAGAGUUCUAAACCUUUACAACUUUGAAAUUCCUAGAUGUUACUUUUUAAAAGAUAAUGAAACCCUUCCUAAUGGACUUUAUGAACUGAAACCUAUUUUUAUUCCGUACUUUCACCUUUUUAACAGGUUUAUGAAUCAGUGGAGCAGGUAGUAUUUAAGGAGACUUGUGUUUCCGAAACUUGUUACUGUAGAAAAAAAUUCAACAAAGCUUCUUUGUGCAUGAAAGGAUUUUGUUGGGUAAAAUUAGGCUGUAAAAACCAAAAGGAAACAUUGGUUAAUUUAGACUGAAUACAGUAGAAAGUUGGGAACCUUGAAUCCUCAGGAAAUAAUGCAGCUGCUGACUAGAAUCCAGUUUGCUUGUGUAUCUGUUUUUGAUAGGAAUAGGAAUUCUUAUCUAUUAUGAACAGAUCUUUAGAAAUAAAGUUAUGUAGCUUAAGAAAACCACUGUUUCUAAAGAAAUAAUUACUGUUCCUUAAAAUAAAUGCUUUUUAAAUUUAGGAUUUGAUUGUAAUUUUUCUAGAGUAUCUUGACAGAAUCAGGACAUUUCAAGAAAUUAGAGGUGUCUUUGAUAGAAAUAACAAGUGAAUAGCCCUUUGUAGUUAAAAAAAAUAAAAAGGAUUGUUUAACUUUUUAAAAAACAAUUUAAGAAUUUUAAAGAAAGGGACAAUCUUUUUUUGUGUGUCCUACACUGAAAUCCACAUUUGGAAAGUAACAGAGUGAGAGAGAGGGCUUGAACUAAAGCCAGAAAAUUGAAGCAGGCAGAACAGCUUUGUUGACCACACAAUGGCAGAUGGUCAGGCUUCUAGUACAUGUACCUUGCUAAUCCAGAGGUGCAAACUACAGAGGUUGACAUCCCUUCAGUUCUGGGCUGAACUCCAGCAUUCAGUCAUGAGGUGUCUAGCUCAAGCCCUAGAGUUCCUGUUGGUUAGUGAUUCCUUUUGCUUCCCUUCCUACAAUGAAGCAUUAAUCAUUCACUACCCAGCAAAUCCCCUUCCGCUAGCUCUAAGAAGCCAGUGUGGGCAAGGGGCAAGGGAUUAGGUGAUUGGCUGCACUUCUUUAAGCCUGGUCCACAUCUUCAGACCACGAUAAUCAAAUGAUCCAGUAGAGAUAGAACAGACAGGGUUCUGGACACUUCCAUUGGACUUGCUCUAACUGGUAUCUGACUGUCCAAAUCUGAGUGAUUUUGCCCCUAGCCUAAAGUGCCUUGCAAGUAUACACAAGGCUGCUAAAGGGUGUCAUAGCAAUGCUCUCUUGGUCAUAUGGCACAAGCCCAUUCACCACUUGGAAGAGCUCUGCUGGACAGCUACUAUGGACACAGUGAUGAUGGAGAAGCAAGCUUUCUCCAUUGCCAUCACCGUAUGCUAAGUGCCGUAAUGCACUUUGGCCUGUGCUCAGUUGAAGCAGGCACACGUGUGUGGAACUUUUUAUGCAUAACUGUAAAUUUAGGGCCAAGAGAAAAGCAGUUUUAACUGGAAAUUGGGAUUAGGAUUUUCAGAAACAUAGUAGAAACUGUGUAAAGGAAGAAAUUUUGAAACAAAGACUGCCAUGCUAACCCCACCCACCUGAGAGUAAGCCCCACUGAAUUCAAUAGAAAUUACUACUUACUAGACAUCCACUUUUGUAAUCAUGCAUUAUAAAUAUACAUUGUGUACAUUAAACCUUUGUUUUUGAAGUCUGCUUAAUAUGCACCAUGGUGUCAGGUGUCAGGUCAUUGAUUCAAAGUUUGCUUUAAGCUUCUGAUUAUCUAUUCAUUUUGCAUUUCAGAAUAAACAGAUUAAAACUUCCUUCCUGCUGACCUUAUUCCAACAAGUUCUAAAACUGGCCCCUUCCAGCUGGGUAAACAGCCUUAAGGAUCUAAUUUGCCCUCUUCUCUUUAAUUCAAAAUUAUGUUAAAUGUUCUCUUCAGUGACUCAUGACAUCAUUCUCCGUUUUCACAGAGUAGUUUACACAGGUUCAACAGUUCAUUCUCAGCAUUACAAAUUAAGGAAUUUAAGACUCUGGGUUGUACUGUCUUUUUUAACAUUCCAAAACCACUCUAGUGUGUAACCAUUCUGUCUAGGCCUGUUUAUAGUCUCAAUCGAAUACCAUGGACUAUUUAUUUAUCGCCCACAAAUUUACCUUUUUACUGUACAGUGGUACCUCGGGUAAAGUACUUAAUUCGUUCCGGAGGUCCGUUCUUAACCUGAAACUGUUCUUAACCUGAAGCACCACUUUAGCUAAUGGGGCCUCCUGCUGCUGCUGUGCCACCGGAGCACGAUUUCUGUUCUCAUCCUGAAGCAAAGUUCUUAACCCAAGGUAAUAUUUCUGGGUUAGUGGAGUCUGAACCUGAGGUACCACUGUACAAGAUAGACAGACAAAUCCUGGGCCAGAGUCUCAAUACCAGCCACAUUGGACUCCAAACAAGCACAAAGUAUUGUUACCGGAAAGACAGCUCAGUUUUUGUCCCCACACUGUCAUUUUGUCUUUUAGUCCUUCUUGAACAUUAGUUUGCAAAGGCCAAUAAAGGAGUAUUUGUAGGUCCUUUGACAACCUCUCCUUGACAUGGGAAAGAGAGGUUCCCAAUCUUUCCCUCGCUUGCCAGGGGAACACCUGGAUGCACUAAAGCCAAAUCUCAAUUUCUUAAAUUGAUCAAGUCAAUGCUGCACCAUUUAUCAAGCCCUGAGUUCUUGUGUGACUUUCCAGUUAGUAAAACUGGGGAUGAGGAGAAGCUGUGCCCCUGACUACUGAAAUGAGCUAGAGAAGAAUUGUGGGGAGGCGGGUUUUUAAGAACCCUAGAAGCUUCUUUCCAAGCCAGGUGUGGACAAAUUUUGUUGGCAUCCCUGACAUUUACUUGAAGAUGGGAUGGGUUUGAGGUCUUACAAAAGAGCAUAACGAAAGCAUCAAUAACAGGCACACAAAUGUUGUCAUAAGUUUGGGUGAUUAAGUUGCUAUGAAGUAAUCUUGGAUUUUGUUGGCUACUAAAUUAGAAUAGUUUUUCUAAAAUCAGUUUAACGCUAAAAGAGUAGCUUAAUACAGUAUCAGUUUAAUGCUAAAGAGUAGCUUAAUACGGUAUCAGUUUAAUGUUCAAAUAUACAACAAAAUAUUUUUUGGAAAUAGUUGAAAUAUUUUAAUCUCAUAAUUGCUGGUGGUUGCUUUAUCUUUGAAGGUGGUAUUCUGUAAAUUUAGGGUAAGAAUUCUUUUAAGACAGUUCUGCUAACAGAAGUGGUAAUUACAGUAUGUGGCUGAAGCAUGUUGAUUACUAGAGAUAUAAUUGGUGGGAGCGCAGAUGUCUGAAUAGAAGUACAUGUUUCUACCUGUUAAAAACAUAAAUACACAGGUAAUUCUUCUACUUUAGUUUAGAAAAUACAUGUGGUUUUGAAUGCCCACUAAUGGAAGUUGUUUCAAUGGUGUAAAAUAAUAUUUUCUGUGCAGUAAUAUGUGGAAAGAGUUUGAUUAAUUAGGAUGUGAAGACAUUAAUCAUAUUCAUUUACAGAGCAAUACUAUCCCUGAGUUUAUUUAUGCCUCCUGGGCAGGGAGAGGUUCUCUUCUAAGUUCCUGUGCAUUUGCUCAGCCUGAAGAUACACUGGGAUAGAUUUCAGUCUCAAUAUAUCACAUCACUGCUGCCCUUUCCGUUGGCACCAGUACAAGGGACAAAAAGUGGGUGGAAUAGGGAAUGGCAAGGGAAGAGCAGAAUUUAAUCAGUAUUGUGUGCUUUCUCAGGUCAGGCUCCUGUCUCCUUCAGUGGUGUAAUGUUAUGCCUGUAAGUGAGGAAGUGUAUUAUAAUGCUACCAUUGUUGUCAACGGUCAGCCCUAGACAACUGCCGCGUCUCAAUUUCUUCUCUGCUGCAGUAGAGGACAGGAUCCCAACUAAGACUUAUUUUCCAAAGCAUAAGUCCUGACUAUCUCCAUGAUUAUUGCUGACAUUUGAAGCCAAUCAGAAGGAAGUUGAGAACUGAAAAUAAGACCAAUUGGGUGAAUAGCCAGGAGACUCUGACAAUUCACCAAAUGGUGUGUGUGAGAGAGAGGAUGGAUAAAAUGAAACUAAUUCUGUCAGAGUUGAAUUAUCAAUGUUUAUUGAGCAAGAGACAGAUGUAAAGACUGUUGCUUAGGAGUGGUCUUUGCCUAAAGUUCAAAAUACUUAAUCAUGCAAUACAUAUUCUAGUGUAGUGUUGUAGAAUUGUUGGCUAAAUUUAACCUAUUGUGUCAUAACUCUUACCUGAUUGCUUGUCCUACGAAUUCAUUCACUACUUACCAUCAGCGUUUGAAACUAAGAUAUUUACGGUAUAAGCCUAUGAAGGCAACACAGCAGAAUUUCACUAACCAUGUUUAUGAAAUUGUAUUAAAUUAAAGUAAUUUGGUUUGAUUUGUAAUAAUUUGGAAAAUUAAUUAAUUAUUAUUAUUAUUAUUUUAAGAAAGAUGCCGCUAGAGUCUGAGUCAUAUUUAAUUUGAUGGCUUGGGUCAUCUGAUUGUUUCUCCACAUUCCCGUGGUUAUGGUUUCAAAUAUAGAUCUGGGUUUGGUGAAGUGGUCACAUUAAUACUUUGCCAUUUAUCCACCACCGUAUGGUUACACUAAUUCCACAUGUCAGAACAAUCAAAAUAAUUUGUCAAUUGGUUCUUCAGCCUCCAUAAUUGAAGUAAGUUUUUUGCCUCCCAUAAAUAGAAGAUUCUGAAAAUAUGAUAGGUAUGUGUGUGCUUUUCACAAAUAUAAAAUACUGGUGCUAAAUAUUUUUGGGAAAGGUUUUAGUGUUAAUUUUCACUGUUUGCUACAACAGGAUAAAAAUAAUGCAUGCAGCUGUCUAUUCCCAUAGUAUGAGGCUCAACUUUCAUCGACAUCAUGCAGAAUAGGAUAUGCAAUAUAUCAGAAAGAGUUCAAUCUCUGUCUGGAUCAGGCCAACAAUAUAUGUGGAAGUCAAAAUAUUAAAUUUGCUUGGACUUGUUCUUUAAGCAGAGAUUAACUAAGGUAAACAUGUAAAUCUGUGUUUAAAAUCUCCCCCCCCCUUUUUUUCUUGGUUCCCAAGGCAGCAGGAGCAAUCUGUCCUCUUGUCUCCACUGUUAUUGCUUCCUCUGCUGACGGAUGUUUAGACCAUUCACUAGAUCGUGCCAAGUACAGAGCAAGUGAAAUGCCUCAGGCUUUCUUAUUUGAUAUAAUCCAUCAAGCAUAUCAUCAGGUAAGAAUUUUGGCAAUUAAAAAAGAAACUUACUCUUCUCCUCACACCCCCACACCCCACCACCAUACUGUAAGAGGCAACUGACUUGCAUGUGUUAUUGGGGGAGUGAAUUAGUAAAUAUUCAUUUUAAUAAAUUAUAUUUUUGGUUUUUUGCCACCAAAUGGUAGCAUUUUGUAUAAUUAUGUUAUGUUACAUAUACUAAACUUCCACACAAAUAUCCACACAAAAUGGAUGAAAAGGUUUAUGUGUUGGGUGUGUACAACCUACACCAGUCUGUGUAGUUGUUUCUGCAGUCAAAAUGGACAAAUGCUUGUUAGUAGAACACACUUAGUAGGUGUCUUCUCUUUGUUUUGAUUGGGGAAGGUGAAACCUGAAACCACCAUAUGUGGGUGCAUAGAAAACUCAGACUUGUGCAUGGCUGGGAUAUGGUAGCUUAUUGCACAAUGAUAAAAGUCACAGCCAAGGCUCUGACCAGUUUUACCUCUGCCCACACACUCCACUGGCAGGUGGCUUCUGGAAAUUUGCCCAUAAUGGAAUUGCCCUCUGACUGAAAGAGGGACCCAUUCCACCUGCCUUUAAAAUAGUUUUUAAAAUACUGGUUGGAGUUUUACUCUACUGAGUUUCUGAAAUACAAGCUCACAGCAUGACUGCUACACCUAUUUUCACUUCUUGGCCACUGGAUCACACACAUCUAGUUUCUCUUUGGUCAUAUUUGAUUUUUGAUGAGGUGCAUCUUCCUUUCUUGUGGAAGCACACCAUAUUGGUAACCAAAUGUGAAGACUAACAGACCCUGCAUUUAGGAGGAGGCAAUCUCCUCUUUUCUUCUUGUUCCUAUUGUAGCAUCUCCCACAGCUACAGGAGAGUUUGACUUGGUAAAUGACAGUAUCAAACAAGAAAUUCUGUUUGCAGGAAGCUUUAGCUUAUUUCCUUCUCUUACUCCUGAAAACCAGUACUUACUGCUAUCACUAAAAAAAAAGAGGCAUUGAAGUUCUGUAUUUGUUCCAGGUAAACUUAACUACUGCUCACCAUCUCAAUCUACCUUAUACUGAUUUAAAUUUUGCUAGUUAUUUUGAUCUUAACAAACAUUAGUUGCUUUUCUGUUUUUCACUCUCCCCCCCCCCCCCCCGUACUUAAGAAUGUGUAGAGGGAAAGCUACUAAUUGCGACUGGUGAAUUUGCAUUGCUUUGAAGUAUUCCAGAAUGUCUCAGAUGCAAUACAGAAGGGAUUCUACCAUUUUAGGAGCUAUACUGUGCUUACAUAGUAUAGUCAGAAUUGAAAGGGCUUUAACUCUGACAAUUCUCCACUGGCACAGUUAACAAAGGACAGAAUUACAGAAGAUCUUGGCUCAGGAAAUAAUCUAGCCCUUUUUUGACAUAACACUUUCAGUUUAUUGAGAGUAAAUUGGCAAAGUUACAUAAUGUUAGGUUACUGUCCUGUUGCUGUGAGGCAUUAUACUAGAAAAUACAUGUUCAGAAGAAAUACAGUUACAGCUGUGCCAGCACAGUAGUACGUUCAUGGUGCGUGCUUGCAAUGUAGGCCAAAUCUGAAACAGAUGAUAAUCUCAGUAUUGAUACUGUUAGCUGAGCAACUGCUAUCAUCAUCUGAUGUGGCAUAUAACAGUAUAAAGCAGAAAAUUAUAUGGAUCAGGAUGGCUUAUUUGGACCUCUGCAGUGAUUACCAUGGUGGCACAACCUGAUGUUGGCAGUAACAUUUCAUCAUGCAAAUGCCACUGAAAGAGGUCUAUUAGCCAAACAUUGACUGCACCUGGACUAGGGUGCUCAGUCAAUCUGUACACAAUUGCAACUUUGUAUAUUUGUAAAACUUGAGAAACAGUAAUUUAAAAUGCCAUGUUGUAUAUAAAUUUUGUAGGCUACAAUGAUUUUUGUUUCAACAUUGUCUACAGUGCAGUGACUAUGACCUGGAUUAUGGAACAGAAUGUUUGCAUCUGGCACUAAAAUACAGCAAAACAAAUGCGAAACUUAUUGAAGGGCCCCCUGACUUAUGGAAGGUAGGAGCAACAUUUUUCUUUAGUAAAUGGGAAGCUUUGGAAAGUUGAUGAUAGUUACAUGAUUGCACUUCUGAAAAAUAUUGCUCAAAUGCUACAAACCAUGAAUGCAAUUUAAUUAUAACAAGCUGUAUAUCCAUGCUGGAACUUUUAAGAUGCCCAACUUUUCACUGCCACAGAUGAAUGUAAUAAAUCUUCUGCAAUGUAGAAUUGAGAUGCAGGUUGUUCCUUGAGAUGCCUGUCUCAUCAGCCUGAUCCAGCUUUUCUUAGGAAAACCCAUUCUCCUCUGGUUUUAAGUAUCUAGGCAGGAUUCAAGAAAGGAAGUUUAUGGAAAUGGCUCAACUUUGGUAGACUUCUCUUUUAGCUCAUACAGAACGAUACUCUUCAAAUAUUCUUUUAUAUAAUAUUCUAUUAUAUACACAACACAUUUUGAUGUGUUUAUUUCAAAUACAUCAAACAUAUAUAGUUUAAUAUGUUGAAUAGAGGUAAUAAUACAUAAAAACACAAGUUACAGGAGAAUUCAAGCCUCCCUGUUCUCCAUCUAGUUCUCCUGGCAAAGUCAGCUUCCUGGCAUAUCAUUCUGUCUGUGUGCUACUCCACUCCACCUGCUGAAUGUGUGGAUGGAUAGAAGUGUCAACAGCAGCCCGAAACAAGUUUCCUGGAGGGGUUAGGGCUGGGCCAGCCAAGUAUUGUUGGAUCCCAAGCCACUCUCACUGCAUCCUAUGAUCGCCUUGGUUCUAUUUCAGGCCCAGUUGCCGCUUCAGCUCUAGGCUGACACUGGCUUCUCCCUCCACUGCCUCCUGCGCUUGCCACCAUGUAGGGGGAUUUGGAUUGUACCCUUAAUCUCUAAAAAACAAGGAUUACUACAAUGUCAUUAAAGUGUGUGACAUAAUUAUAAAUGAAUGAAGAUACAUUUUUUAAUUAAAAAAAUAGUGUAUACAUCUUGUGUUAAAAGAAUUUCUAGGACUUAUCCUUCCACAUUUUUGUUAUUAUGUCUAUGCUAAAAUCAUACUGUAACAACUGUUUUAUAUAUCAUUCUGUAUCACUAUGCAGUAUAUUCAGUUUAUAGAAGACAUUUGUUACUACACACACACACAAUAAAUAAAAUCUGUUUUGGUAAUUUCUCUUUAUUUUCUGGUGUCAGUUUUAAGCAUGUGAGGUUCAGAGCAACCUAUUCGUUUCACUACCAAAACUGACAUAAGAGCUCUCCUCUAUGAGGUGUCUUGUUCAAAGAACACUCCUGCUCCAAAGUACUUUUUAGAUCAGAACUAGUAAUACAUUCAGAGUAUUACAGCAAGAGGAUUGUUGUUUUUUAAAAUAAAAGAUGUUAACUCUAGAUUUUGGGAAAUAAUGUAAUUAUCAUAGUAAGGGAAGCAAUAUAAUUAUCAUAGUAAUUCAGAUGAACUUCUUGACAUGAAGAUAUGCAAAUGGUAAAUUUACUAUUUCACUAAAACAAAAUAAAGGUGAACACUCUUAGAAAGAAUAUGGUAGACAUAUUUGGGUAAACAAAAUGUAGCCAUUUUUUAAAAGAAUGAUAAAAUUAAUACUGAACAGAUUUUAAAGCUUAAUACAAAUUCAGAUUUGGAAGAUCUUCUGAUUUACAUUUUUUCUCAUGGCUUCUAGUGCUUUUUAAAUAUAAUUUAGAUAUAAUUAAGAUAUAAUUAAAUAUAAUACAGUAACUUGGAGCAGAGCUUUCAGAGUGGCUGUCCCUGUUCUGUGGAACAACAUUCCUGUCAAGACACAACAGGUACCCACUAUCUGCACUUUCUGGGAAUAACUGAAUACCCUGUUCUCCCAACAAGCUUUCCCAGCUGAAUGAAUAGGUCUCUGCCUUAUGCAUACAUUCUCUGUGUUUUUUAAAAUCAUAUUUUGUGUUUGUGUGUGCUUUAACUUUUUUAGUUCAUCCAUUAUGCUUUGUACAUAGCCUUGAGAUGGAAGGCUACUAAAAAUAACAACAAUAAUAAAAUGACAAUAUUAUGUGUUGACAGUCUUUCAGUGUGGAAAAUGGUCUUUAGGUACUCUGUGUGUGUGUGUGUGUGUGUGUGUGUGUGUGUGUGUGAUUAAAAACUUGUGGAAGAACUAAUUAGGUUUAUCUGUCCUUUAGGUGACCUACAAGCGAGAUCUGUAUGCAGCUGAUUCUUUAAUUAAGGGUAUGUGCUUGUCCUUGAGUUUGCCAGUUCAUAUAGUCACCAAGAUGAAACCACAUUUUGUGUGUGAAAACACUAGAAAUUAAAGUUGACUGGUAAAAUAAUAAAACCACAUAAAUAGCUUUAGCUUAUUCCUUUAAUCAUGUAAAGUUGCAUAAAGGAACCAGGCAAAUGGAAAGUAGGCCUUGGGCACUGUCUCUGAUUCAAGUCAGACAAUGCUGACCUUUCAACCAAAAUGAAAGCCUAUCCAAGGGGAAAACAGAACUUCAGGAAGUACAUAAUCAAGACAUUAGUGAGGACUUCAUUGUUCUGUGGAUGGGCAUUGCAGCAGCAGGGAGAUGCAGUGUGAAAGAUCCAUAUGGCUAGUGACACUACACAUCAUGGUUGCUGCUGCACGGAUUCAACUUGUAUUGGCUUCUGUUUCAAGGCUCUAAAAGUGCCUUUACAGAUUCUUUCUUACUGAGAAGUGUAAACAUUCACCUUGCCAUCACCUUGCACCUUCACACUUCACCAUGACAGAUUCUCACAUCUCAUUUAGUGUUGCACUCCACAUUUAUUUGAGACAGAUCUGCAACAUUCGGGCUUUGAUUCCGACUGCUUUGGCAGCAAGUCCCAACCCAUCAAAUCCCAUCUAGCACUGUAUUGCCAGCUCCAUCUCUUGGAGGGACCUGUCUUUGGGGUGUUAGACUACAUACAGCACACAGCUUGCUAAAGUCAAGGCAGGAUAUCAGUCCACAUGGAGAAUCAAGGCAAGCCAAGUAGGAGAAUCUAGGUUCAAAAUUCAGUAACUUCCCAGGGGGCAGUGCUGUGGAGCUGGUCUAAGAGUCACAAAGGUCUGCAGCCAGGAGGAGGAAGAAGAGGAAGAAGUCCUAGCUGACUGGUUUGGAUAGAAAGAGAUCUCUCUUUCUGUCGCCAAACUCCUGACAAGCUGCUGCUGUUCCUCGUAGGAUAUGGUGAUAGCAAUCAGUGUAGCUUCUUAGAGAAACAGUGGAAGAGAAUCAACUGAGCCUGACUGAGCUGCUUUCUCAUCUGCAGUGUCUGUAGGGACUUGUUCUGUGCAAUUCCCUCUCCCUGCAUAGGGAAACCAGCCCUAGAAGCCAUUAGUCAGUGGAUACACUAUGGUUCUGCCACACUGCAGCCUUUUAUUUUUUGUAACAGUGUAUUCUGAAAACAUUUGGACCUGAUUCUUCAAGUGGUUUAAAUUUUAAGUCUACUACUCUGGUUUUCAGUUGAAUGGCCGUCGUUGAAAGUUAAUCAUCUGUGUGAAGGAGAUACUCAGACUUCACUUAAAAUUAGAAGCAAAAUUGGAUCCUGGCUCCUCAUUUUGCAUAUAUUUGUUCAUAUAGAAGAUUCAUGGGAAAGUGUGAUUUCUGGUGCACUUAUGUAUCUAAAACAAUUGUAGCUGCUUAAAUAUGGGGAUUUCCUAUGUCAAGGACUGAUUUAGAAAUAAAUACGGAACUAGUUACAAUGAGCUAAAACCACACUUCAUCUUGUAUGUUUACCUAUGUAUUUAGGGAUAUUCUGUAAGCAAAGCAACAUUGUAUUUGUUGUGCAGACUUGUUUCGCCCACCCACAGCUGCUGUGCAAGCUCAGACUAACAAGUUUUUAAACUGGUUAACAAUGCCAAGACUAAAAAAACUGAAUUUAAUUUACAUAAACAAACCAGUCUGAAGCGAUAUAGAUUUUCUUAUUCUCUACAAUGAGCAUUUCUUGGCACAUACUCUACUAGUCACUUUAGUAGAAACUAAAAAUAUCCAGACACAUCUUAUGUUUUCUAUUUUCUUCUUUACCUUCUUCUUUUGGUACAAUUGGGUAGUACAUUCUGUUCAAAUAAUGACUCUAUAAAAUAUUUUCUUAAGUCAUUCAGUUUUUUCUGCUUCUGUAGUAUAAAUGUUAUACCGGUCAGUAAUCUAUGAUGUCUUCACACAAAGGUACUUGACUAUUAAGACUAUUGAAUUUUGAAUACAAUUUCUUCUUUUUUUUGUUCUACAAAUAUUUCCAACAAAGUUAUCCAGCUGUAAAAUAUUCAGUUUUCUCUUAACAUCUUAUGGAAGUUAAUGACAUUUAAAUAUAUUUUUAAUUGCUGAGAAAUUAUAUGCUAAGUUAAGUCAGUUAAUUGCAGUUGGUCUACACUGAGUACAGCAUAGUAGGAGAGCACCCUUUGAAAUUAUGUGAAUGACUUCAAUGCAUAUAAAGUAACAGAGAUUAAUAUAGCAUAUUCCCUAGGUUGAUUGAAUUAUUCCAGAUUUGUGUGUAUAGGGGAAUUUGUACAUAGUAUAAAAGGGAAUUUGUAUACAUCUCAAGCCACCUUUCCUCAAUUCUUCCGAGCAUAUGCCUAUACUUAUUAUAGCUCCUUAGGUGACAUUUUAUACAAUGGCAACUGUCUUAGAAAUGACUGUACUUAGGUAGUAUAGCUGCUGUGUAUAAAUCAGUAGGUGUGACAACUUCAGUAACUAGCCCAGCUGCAGUCUCACUGAACCCUUGAUGAGAAUUAUGAAAAUGUACAUAUUUGCACAGCAGCAACGUUACAUGCGAACCCUAAAUAUAAAUUGACCACAAUGGGGCUUCUUUCCAUGGAAUAUAUUUAGGAAUGGGAUUUUACAAUGGUAUGCAAGUGUUUGAAGUUGACCCAUUUCUGUAGGCUAUGUUAAUGCAAAUGCAUUCCACUGUUUUAUUGAGUGAAUCAGUGGUUGUGAGCUUCUCCUACAGAAUUAGGAUUGUACAUAGCCAAGCUAUACAUCUUAUCUUACAGACUGUAUGAUCAGGUACAAUGAAAGGGGAUGAGAUUUGGCUCUCCACAACUUGGACAGAACUUGAAUAAGAGACCACUAGGAGAAUGCCAUAUAUGUCACACCAGGGCCAUGCUAAUGUGACAUAUCCAUGUGUUUAAAUCCAGCUUGCUUCAAUCAUGUAAAAAGUGAGGAUGUGGGAAUCCAAUGUAAAAAGGGAGGUGCAGUUAGGAGAGGCAGGGUGUAGUGGUUCAAGGGGUUGCUCGUGCGUAAGCCGGUGUCCACACCUGGCUGGGUUGCCUAAGUGAACCUUUUCUGUCCGGACAGCCACUCACCCGUGGCUGUCUCAGUCGCUGGUAGAAUCCGUCAGUGGGCGUUUCUUAAACUUCUUCCAGCAAAGAAGUUCUUUCACGCCCAAUCUCCUCCUACUUUCCCUGCGCGGAAGCCUUCUGCGCAAGGAAGGCAUAGGUAGUGGAGGACCCAUGUGACUCCCUCUCAGAUUCCCCCAUCUGCCCCCCUUCUCCACUGGAGCUGAGCUGAUUCCCUUCCCCAGAAGAUGGGCUGCCUCUCCCAAUCCCGUGACGCUCUCUGGGAUCCCUCUGGAGCUCUCUCUCCCCCUCCGGCACUGAUGGCAGUUCCCUGACACAGGGUUAACAUUAUCUUUAUAGAUGUAUGAUCAUAUUAACUUUGUGAUUUAAUGGCCUCUUAUUUUGCAUAAUAUAGUAGCUGAUCAAUUUUAUAAUAAUCUAUUUUGUAUAGCAGUACAGUGGAUAAAACUUUUAAACAUUAACUUGGUUUAAGUACAUCCAUUAUUAUAAGAUAAGAGCUGUCCAAUGGUACCUAAUGGGAAGCUAAGCAAGUUAGAGUCUUAAAAGUAUCUGGCUGGAGAAUGGCACUGCAAAAUUUUGUGAGUGUAAAAUUUGAAGGAUAGCUAUGUUUCAGUUCGCAUAUUUGGUAGGUUUGGCUUUAAAUGCAAACUGAAUCAAAUUUCUUUCCCAUUCCUGUUGGUGAGCCAGGAUUAGGGAGAGUUAUCAUAGCAGGGAUGGGAAACUGGUGGCCCUCCAGAAGUCCCUGGACUAUAAUGCCAGUCAUCCUUGACCAGCCAGUGUGGUGUAGUGGUUAAGAGUGGUAGACUCGUAAUCUGGUGAACCGGGUUCGCGUCUCCGCUCCUCCACAUGCAGCUGCUGGGUGACCUUGGGCUAGUCACACUUCUUUGAAGUCUCUCAGUCCCACUCACCUCACAGAGUGUCUGUUUGGGGGAGGAAGGGAAAGGAGAAUGUUAGCCGCUUUGAGACUCCUUCGGGUAGUGAUAAAGCGGGAUAUCAAAUCCAAACUCCUCUUCUUCUUGACCAUUGGCCAUGCUGGCUGGGGCUGGUGGGAGUUGUAGUCCUACAACAUUUGGAAGGUCACAGGCUCCCCAUUCCUGUGAAUCUGAGCUAUGACCCAGGAAAUCACUGGGUUGAAUCUUGUCUCUGCCAUAAAGCCACUAGGUGGUCUUAAGGGAGCCAAAUUUCCCCUCAGCUACUCAUAAUAUGGGGAUAAUUAUACAUGGUAGUGGUUAUAAGGAUUACAGUAAGAUGAAGUACUAUGACCAUCUGAAAGCACUGUGCAAACAUAAAAUUGUUAUUCAGUAAUAUUUCCCUAGACAUUUGAGCAGCAGUUUACAACAAAUAAAUGCAAACAAUACCUUGUUGUUUCCCAAUGUGAUUGAUCAAAUCACAAUUAAGAUAUGACAUUAAAGAGUUUAAAAGAAAUUAGUAUAUCAUCUGCUUUUAAUUAUGUGAGCAGUAUUUGGUGAUCUGUAUUACAAAUGUAAUCCUACCUAUGCAAAUACAGCUAACAAGUUCCAAAUGCUUUAGGAAAGCUUAGCUAAAGUUUUCUGCUGUAGGCAAUAUAAGCUGUUGAUAAAGGACACAUUCCAUUCUUUUAAACUGAGCACUGAUGUAGGUAAGAAAAAUAUAAUGAUCAUUCAAGUAACCAAACAAUGCGGUUCCAAUAUGUUAAACAUUUGAUUCACUAUCUUCAUAAAAUGAUUUCUUAAAGUGUAAUGGUGUUCCAUUUUUUAGCUUUGUCUUUCUUUAACAACCAAUGUUGGAAAAAUAAUAGAACAUGUUUAAUAAUAAAAAAAGCAUUCUUAAUGCUCUUGAAGUAAAACAGGUAAGAACUUGCUGGAUGUGCAGACAAUGUGGCGCAUGUCUGUCUCUCUCCCCCUUCUCAUAUUAUUAGUCUGCAAAUAGGGAAACCUCAUCCUGCAGUUAGGAUGACUCAUUUAGAAAAGUAGUUAGAACCUGGAUAGUACAAAAACAUCCUGAAAAAAUCUCUUUAAGGAUUUCUUCCCCUAGGGCAACUAUAUAUUUGAACCUCCAGUUGAAACAUGUAAAGCUUCAGUCUCCCUUUCAGGGAUACCUUGAAAUGUGCAUUCAAAAAUAGGUGAAGAAUGAACCUAUAGUUUUUAGAACUGUUGCUCUGCCUUGCACACUUGCUUGACUACUGAAUUAUGUGAUCCCAAAUUCUAGCGGUAAUGAGAAAUUAAUGUUUAGAAAUUAAUAUAUUCACUGUGGGGCUGCCCUCAAGGAAUAAAUCACUUAUUAUGCCCUUCUUGGACAUACCACCUCAUUGUGCAGCCACAUGCUCCUCCAUUCAAAUGAACAUACUCCUUUUAUAUCAGUGGUAUCUAACUUAUCCCUAGUUGUACUUGCAUUGACAGUAGCACCCUUUCCCCCUGCUCCUUUACUGGAGUGUAGGUAGCUUCUGCUCUGUUCCCACUUCACAGGAAUAGAGUGUGGGUGCUCAAAUCCCACUUGAAUUAAGGGAGUUGUGUAACAAAGGAUAAUCAUAUGUCGAAGUUUUUUAUGCUAAAUACACUUAGGGCUUUGUUCAUUAGUAUUUCUUCACAUAGAAUGCAAUCCUAGGUAGCCAAUGAACAGAAGGGGUGAAAAAUGAGUGCACUGAAAUUAUUAUUAUUUGUUGUAGCUGGUCAUAUAGGGGAACAGAUCAGUUAUCUGGGCUGCCUGUUUUUCAGUGAUGGGCUUCAAUAAAAUGUCCUAAACUCCUUUGAUUAUGUGAAUGCUUUGCUCCUGCAUGCACUGUUGGCUGCUUAAUAUUGCACCCAGUAGGUCAGUUCAUAUGCAGUGCCAAAUCAUAGUUAUGCAAUAUGGGAACAAGCACACUAACUCUUCCUCUUGCACACUCCGUGUAAUUGGUUACUUUCCUGGCUUGAGGCAAAUCAUAGUAUGCUCUUUGCAUCCCAAACUGGUUGGUGCUUGCCUUCCAAACCAAAAUCACAAAGCAUGGUUUGAAGCUUGUUUGCAAGCCUGAUUUUGGAGGGCAAAUGCAAACGAUUGUUUGCUGCAACUGAGGAAGUAAUUUAAGUGCAGUGUGCAGUAGGAGGGUGCAUGGAACACAAGGCUUGGUCAUGUAACGUAGAUGGGAUGACAGAUGCAGUGGGAGAAAUGGAUACACAACUACACCAACAGAAAUAGAACUAAGAAAGCUUAUUAUAUUAUUAAGUUCAUUUUUAUUCCAGAGUUACAGUGGCUUUUGAAUCGUGGUUUUUACACAUGUAAUGGUUUGCCAAACAACACAAAAAAGAAAGAGUAGGGAAUACCCUUCCUCCCAAAAGGACCCAUGGGAUAAAACACUGGGCUGUUUAUGGUCAGUUCUUUUUUCACAAACUUGAGUUGUCUUUGAGUUGGAUAGGGAUGGUAUCUGUAAUAGUAGCCAGGAAGUUAAAUUUAACAAUCCUCAGGUUGGGGGAAGGGAGUAUUUUCAUGGUAGCUGAUGAUAUAUCUAACUCUGUAUUUACCCGUAUAGAACCCUUGUUAUAAAACCGUUUUUCCAAGUGCAGAAAACACGAUUCCUCUUUCUAUAAAAACAAACCCUGUCUAAAAUAAUUGUUUACUGAAAUAAGUUAGAGAAUUGAUGAUGAUGAUAACAACUGUUUCCCCCCUCUGUUUUAAAUUUUCUUUUUUAGACACCAUAUCACAACAAGUUUGUGUUCUCACUAAUAUGAAGGAAGAUGCCUUUCAAGUAGGACUUCAUGAAACACUGAAGAGUCAUGUGAAAGUAAGUACUAGAUUUUGAUUCUCAACAUCAUCAACAUAAGGAGAAUUCCAAUGUGAAAGAUAUGUACAAGUAUUUUUUUUUUAGCAUGCCACUAAAUGCAGUGGCCUCUGGCAAUUUUUUUUCCAAGGGAUGAUUAUAGCUUGGGUUGAAUUGGCAUCCUGAGUUGGUUUUCCUUUUAGAUUCCCAGAACACAUGCAGCUGAUCAAUCACUCCUUGUACCAGGGUAUUUAAUACAUUGCUUCCUUCCUUGGGUCUUAUUACAGUCAGUCAGGACAGUCAGAUCAUGCCCAGCUAUAGGCCUUCUUAGCCAGUCCAAGCAGAACGCUUUUUUAGUAUUUUGAAAAGCGUUCUGCUUGGACUGACUAAGGAGGCCUAUAGCUGGGCAUGAAAUGAGUUUAUGGCCUGGUUCCAUUAAAUCAUAGUUUAGAAAUUUCCCACAAUGAACACUCCUAGUUCACAUCAAACCAUUGUGGGAGCUGGGCCUGAGUAUGCUUGUUCUGUUCAUGAGUAUGAUGAUACAAAGUGUUACUUACAUUGUUUUAAAGUGGUAGUUAACACAUGGAUUUUUCAGUGGUUUGUGGUUUAAGAUGUGCAGGACAACAACAUUGUUUAGGGGAGUAUUCAUUAAUACAAUCUCAAUUUCCCUUUUCAGCUGGUUAAAGCUAUAUCAACGUCCCUUUGCAAAAAUGAAAGUCAUCUACAAAAUAUAUUACUAGGACAAUGCUACAACUUUAUUUGCAUAAAUGUAAGUAUUAUGGAAGAUCAAAGGUAGUCUCCGAGCACAUAUUUUAACUUUACAGCAUCACUUAGAUGCAUUGUCCUUGGUAAAAUUGGCAUCCUUACAAGCUUCAUGGCCUGUUGUCAAACUGAUGAAACUCAGGCCUGCAGUUGUGAAGGACAGGUUUUAGUUUAACAGAGCCAUAUGUCAUAUGUAGACAUCAGUUCUGUCAGUUUGAUACUUGGACUGUUGACUCAGGCGGAGUAAUGUUGAUCUAUUUUACAACCAGAUACAUCCCAUUUAAAGUUGUAUUCAUAUUCUUAAUACAUUGUAGAAAGUUAUUCCUAAAUUAGAACAAUUAUUGUCUUUUAAAUUUCAUUUUUUACAGUAUUUCCACUAUAUUUACUACUAUAUGUUCAUAAAGCCAUAACUUUAGGGAAAACGGUUAAGUAACUUUGAAAGAGUAUAACACACUUCACAAAAUCCUUACUGCUUUUGAUCCCAAAGUGUCUCUGUGAUUACCUCAAUUGUAGUCAGUAAGACAUUUUUCCCCAAUCAGGCAAUCCUGUUUUUUCAUUAUGCUGCAACUUGGCUUGUUUGUAUGAGAUUAUUGAUUUUUAUCAGAAGUUAUUUAUAUGAUUGUUAACAUAUUAGACAGAUUGCUAUUUAAAAAUACAUUCUUCUAUUUGCUCUGCCAACACAUUUCUUUGAUGCACCUGCUGUGUUGCCAAGGCAGAAUUUGUCUCUUCUACAGUGAAGUUACAUUUGUUUGUGGCUCCAUAAAGGCACUUUUCUUUCCUUAUGGAAAAAUUCGCUUAGAUUAUUUUUUGUCCAUUACAAAUCCUGAGAUUCUGUAACCCUACAAUGCACAGGAAUGGGGAAUCCAGUUGUAAUAUUAGUGCAAUACUACAAAUGUAUUGUUAUUUUAUUGGUCAUAUAGCACCACUUCAGUGGAGAUCAACUUCAUAAAGUACAAGGGGAUAGGUCCUUCCCCUGAGGGAUUUACAGUAACACAAAAAAGACAACAGAGGAAAGGGGAGAAAGUAGUAAAUUAGGGAAUAAUAUCCUUUUAUUUACAUUACAUGUGCUUCAUUUGUUACAGUAGGGUAUAGGCUUGAGGGAGAUGGGCCACAGCCUCCCUGAGCAAGAGAAGUUGAUAGUGUAAUUAAAUAAGUACAUUAUGCAUCUUAAAAGCAUUCUUCUUAACUGGAAACUUGUUUUUCUUUAGGAUAACCUGUCUAACUUCCAAGAAACACAUCAGUUAGUAGAAAUACUUGAAAACACAAAUGCUUCUCUUUUAUACUCUGUUGUUCUUAUCUCGGUAGGUUAAUAUAUUACAUUAUUAUAUUAUAAAGUAAAUUUUCUAAUGCAUCAGUACAUAUGAGAUUCUGUUUUUAAGCAUCAGUGUCACCUCUGUAACAUGUAAUAGAUACCAAAUAGAGGCAAGUCAAAACUAUAUUAUUUAUUGAAUACUUAUUGUCGGGGUGCAUGGGGUUUUAGGGGAGGGGUAGUACCUCUGGCAGGGGACAUAUUGUGCUCCUUCUGGGAUAGUAUGUCCACCUUUGGUCCACACCCUGCACUAAGCUCUCACCUGUGACUCCUCUACAAAAAUCUGGAGUGGAGCACUUAAGAGGGUUGGAUGGUGCCCUUUACGCCUCCUUCCAGCAACUCCUGCAGCCAAGCUGGUGCCAACUGUAUUGCUCUGCUUUCCUUUGGACCACAUCAGCAAGGCUGGGAGAAGGGUCUUGUCAUCUGGGCAGGCCAGGACCUAGACUUGCGCCCCAGGGAUGUCAUUUUGGUCCUGCUAACAUAGUGUUUGAGACAGAUGAAUGCCAACAACUUGUUGUAAAAUUUCAUGCUUUUCCAGAUUAGGAUUGUCUAAUCAUGUUGGUGGUGUGUCUUGUCACCUCUAACUCCAGCUGAAAUUUUAAAGGGAAAUUUCUGCACCAGAAUAACAUUUAAAGCAAUGUACUAAAAUAGUAAGCAGGGUUGGUAUGGUACUUUUCUUGGUUGUUGUUUUUUAAGAAUAAUUUUUUAUUAACCGACCAAUCACAUCAAAUCAAACCAAAUUACAUAAAUUCCAAAUUACACAGCCGAAUUUUAAUUUUUUGUUGGGAGUACCCAUAUUUCAAGUUCCGAAGGGAUCCAAUUAACUUCUUGCUUCUUACUGCUGUUUUAAUGUCCACAAAUCUAACCUUAUGAUGUUCACGGUACUAUCUAGUCCUUUCUUAUUAUUUUUCCACAUCUCUUGUUGUUAUUUUCAUAUAUUUUUCCUUUCUCUUUGUGACCUCUGAUAGUCUCCACAAGCUGGUUAGAACAGUUUGUAAUCCUGCGUGGAUAUUAUUUUUUUUAUCCAGUAGCCAUAUCCAGACGUUUUCCAUAUAACAUCACUUCCCUACAUCAAAACAGUCUUAGCGUCAUUAAUCUUCACCAAUCUGCCUCCUUUCUCAAAACCUCUGAGGAGAUUCACUAGGAAUGCAGUCUGAAAACAAAACCGUUCUUCCUCCCGGCUAUAAAUCCUUUGGCAAGAUGGCAACUCCAAAUUAAUUGCUGCGCCAUUCCCAAAAGCUCUUAUUGCUUCUCGGUCUCCAUAAAGCAUACUUUUGGUUAAAGUUUAUCUCCACACAGACCUUAAUCAUCCUGCUUGGGUCAGUUCAACCGACAGUUCUAAUGAGGAGGGGUUCUUGUAAAUCACAUAGAAGGAAAGUAAAAAAGGUCCCCCCCCCAUUCAGCCCCAUUGUCAACAUACCCCGCCUUUGGUGUAUCUUCAUCGUAAAAUAUUCCUGUUUCUCCAGCCCGUCGUCUUCUUUCGCAGAGGUCACUUAAAUUAGCAGACUUCACUCCCCUCUUCACUUGAAAUAUGUGCAUUUGCUUCUUUUGUAAUUAAUUAUUCCAAAUUGCUGCAACUAGUGCGCGAUCAGAGACAGCGUCCAGGAGAGCCGAUGUCCACACGGGGGCAUUCUGCCUAGGGCCCUCACCCCUUUCUUUUGAAUUAGGGGGUGAUUUAUGGGCACAGCAGGCAAGGGCAGUGUUCCCCAUUUCCUUGGGGCAACAAGGGAGGCUGCCUACUCCCAUAACAGCCUCUUAAUUACCCCGUGUGGGUCGGAGAGAUGGUAUUGUCGGCCAUCUUCCAAUGUGCCCCCUAGUGGCCCCCUGGUAUGGUACUUUUCUUUGAUAGUAUUGGAGAACCACUCUAUCUGCUUUGCAAUCGUUUGCAUGUUAAAUUAGAAGUAAGUUUCACUGUGUCCAGUCAAGCUUGCCCCCUAGGAAGUGUGAUUAUGUUUGCAUCUGUUGGCCAAACUAAUCCGACUGAUGGUGUGAAGAUCUGUGGCAGACUUGUCACACUUUACUAAGUCCAGGUGGCAGUGGAACCAUCCUGUGGAAGCUGGUUGUGUGUAUCCUUUUUGCUUCCUCCUAUUGACUCCAGUUGAUGGGCAUUAACUAUGCUAGAUUCAAGCUCAGUUUAGAGGCAUGUCAGUGAAACAAGAGAGCUUAAGAUUCUGUGGAUCUUUGGUCACUCAUGAUGUGCCUCUAAACCACCCCAUUUUUUAUUCCACCACUGGUGGAGUACCACCAGCAAAGCAUCAGGAAUGGGAGAAGGUUUCACUGCUAUCCAGGAAGGACCUCCCUCUCUGCCAGAGGUCCUUUUUUUUUUUUUGCCUGCAGAUACUAUUAGGACCAUUGGACCAAGGAUUUCACAGAAUAUUUUCUUUGGUGCAGUUCUAAAUAGCAAUAAAUCGACUUUCUUUACUUUUUUUGUUUCUUGGGAAUUUAGUUAAUUUUUUAAAAAUUAGUUUUUCUCUUCUCUCCCUUUGUUAGGUAUACUUGGAUUUUUUCGAAAAUGUGUCUUUUAUCAGUGCAAUGCAAAGAUUUGCUAAAUUUGCAAAGGAAGUGGAAAAGAAAAAUAUUUUGCUAUAUGGUCUCAGUAUACAUUACCAAAAGGUAUGUAGCUGAAUGAAUGUGAAGUAUAUGUGAUUUACCUAUUUAUGAAUGGAUUUUUGUGACCCACCUGAUUUGAUUUUUUUUUAAGUUUUAAAAAAUCUGAAGGGUGACAAAAAUACAACUGUUUUUUUAGGUUGGAAAAGUUCCUGUCCAUUUUUGUUGUUCUGCAGAAUCCUUAAUGUGGUUUACAGAUAUUAGUAAUAAAAAAAGUCCCAGCCCCUAUGCUUACAGUCUGAGAGACUUGACGCAAAAAAAGGGGGGGUUUAGGAAGGAGGAAAAGCCUGAACGUUAGGAGGAACACCUUAAAAGUGAGAGCAGUUCAACAAUGGAACAAAGUGGGGUGGCCUCUCUUCACUGAAAGACUUUAAGUGGAGACUGGACAGCCAGUUUUUGAGGAUGCUCUAAUUCUGAAUUCCCUCAUUGAGCUUCGGGUUGGAUGGGAUUGCCUAUUGGGUUCCAUCCAACUUCAUGGUUCUGAGAGGAAUUUGUGAUUAAAAGCCUAAGUAGGUUUCUGAGAAAGCCAUGUAAUCCCAGUAUAAUGAGGGAUACUGGAGUACAGUUCCUUCUGGCUCUGUUUAUAUAUCACACUCUGCAUUGGGGAAUUGUCAUUUUAAAUGUCAGUCCUUGAAUAAUUGCCUGGAGCCAUUCUUGGUGUCAAGUAAGUAUAAUUCCAUGUAUAAUGCCAAGAACGUAUCUCAUGUGUCACAGCAGCACUUUCUGUGUGUAAAAAAAUCUAUGCUUUCAAAUAAAAUCAGCUGCAUUGUUGUUGAUGACACUUGCUGCAUUUUCUUGUGAAAUGCAUGAGGGCAAAUCUGUGAUGACAUAAUAGUGCAGAAACAGAGAAUAAUUCCUAAAAGGAUCCAAGAUCCGCCUGACUUGAUCACCUACAUAGCAACAUUGUCAGGGAGUGCUAUAGGACUGGUUGACGCAUGAGGCCCUGUGUGAUCACACUGGAAGGGAACAGGGUGUGAGGCUCAAAGCCAGGACAUAUGAUGAUAUUUGUGUGGUUUAUAUGAAUUGGCACCUCCACAUAGAUCACAUAUUGUCAGCUUGCUAAUGCCAGAAAUUGUAGCCGUAGCUCACAGAAUUCAGCUAUGCACAUACUGGAUGUGUGACUGUACCAGUUCACAGAAAUUAUGCUUCAAGACAAAUCCAGUUGUUACCUUGGCAGCUUCUCCACCCUCUCUUUCACAGUGCAUGGUUGAAGUUCAAUUCAUAUGUGAAUCUAGUCUAAAUCAUUAGGUACUUGUGCCAGAGGGCCCGCUGAGCUCUGGGUUUCCCUGUGAAUCUCCACUGCUUUUUAAAGGGCAUGUUCUUACCAUUCAUGCUACACCUUUGCUGCAGGUAUUGCCAUUUAAAGGGUGAUGUCAGGGCUUACAUUUAACUGUAGGUAAACUUGGUUAAGAAGAAUACCGACAGCAGAUGUGUAACAGCUUUUUGAGUAUAUUUUUCUUUCAGUACAAACUAAAAACUGGAUGCCUGAUUUAGUAGUUCUUGUAAAUGAAAGCUCUAGAAAGGCUAAUCUCAUUAAAGCUUGAAAUACUUAUUCUAAAAAGGCAAAGUUUCCCUUUCUCAGUCCAUUUCCAAGCGAGGGCUGUGUUUGUCAUUUAAAAAUUCCGAUGUUUCACCAAGGGUGGUAUUUUGUUUUCAAUUUGUGGGAGAGCAUUUAAAUUUGUGGUUAAUUUUUGAAAUUACUUGUGUGACUACUUCAGGCAUUUAAAUACUGGAUGAUUCUUCUCUAAUAUUACCUUACUUUUUCUGCUUUUGGCUGGGAAAACAUUGAGGAUUUUUUGUUCCGGAAAGAUAAAUCAAUUAACUGAGAGAAAUGUUUUGCAAUCCUUCUCCAAGUGGAGUAUAUGAACCUAUCCCAUCCUUUCUUCACAACAAUCCUGUGAGGCAUUUGCCACAACAUCGCCUACAGUGUUUCAUGGUUUAAUGGAUAUCUCUCAGGCCCAUAUCCAAUGGUUUAGGAAACAACUUGCAUUCUGGGACAUUGUAAGCCCAUUCUGCCCCCUUCUGAGGCCAAAAGGAGCACACAUGUCAGUGGUCGUGCUUCAACAGGACACUCAAAAUGGUCACUGCCUGUACUUUUAUACAAUAAUAUACAGUACUUUUCUACUGAAUUGUUACAGUGUGAAUGAGGUCUUGUUUCAGGGUAUUUCUGACUCUUAUGAUUCAGUGCCCACAUUUACAUGUCAUGAUAAAGAAUUGUUUAUGACUGUGAAGAACAAACCUAGCUCAAGCGCUUCCCAUUCCCUCUCUUCCUCCAUUGAUGUUGGAAAGCUUUGCUUCAGAUUAAGGCUAACCCCUGCUUAGUUUUGUGUUCAAACCUAGCCAAACUAUGGUUAACCAUUGGUUAUGAAGCUGAUUGUUUCAACCAACUACUGUUUAGGGUUUGGCCAUAACACUAAACUGGUUAAUUGAAACUGGAAGCAAACUAUUCAGUCUCAUCAUGACUAUGGUAGCAAAGAGAGGCUUUGUGCCCAAAGCUGUUAAGUGCCAGCCCACUGUUUAUCAGUACAUGCAAACCAUGAGUCACAGACUGUGGUUUGGGCAGUUACUCGGGCCAUGAAGCAGAGGAAUGUGAGCAAGGCCAAGCAGACACAUUAGCAUGGCAAAACAAACCCCACAUUAAACCAGUUUAAUGCACUGAAAAAGUUCCAUUGUAUGCAAGCAUGCAUGUGCAUAAAGUUGCUUAGUGGCUCACUACAGAUUAGUCUUUCAAAAAUCAUAUUGCAUAUAUAUUUUAUAUAGAUUGUUUCCCUUGCACCUGUGCUUGUUCCUAGAAGGGGUUAAUCUUCAGAAUUAUGAAUGUAGUUUGUGGAAGAAAUACAUACUGGUCUGCAAUUGUAUUUGAGUUAGAGUGAGAAACAUUUUCCUACCAUAUGGGUGGAAAAGAACAAUCUUAUAAUAUAUCAAAUUUCCAUUUUUGACAGUCUGAACCACUUAUAUUUGAUUUUUACAAUCUAUCUGGAAACGUAAUUUUGCUUUAGCCGCUAAAUGCUUCUGUUUACUAUUUCAUUCCAUGAAGUAUGAUUUUAUGCUAAUUCUGAAAGGGGGUUCUUUCUGCUAGGUAGCAGCAACAGACAAUAUGUAAAAUAAAUAUAUUGUACUCGGUCCAUAAUUGCCAGCCUAUAAAUUCUUGAAUUUUCCACCACAAAUUCAAAAGGAAUGCAAUUACUUGCAUCUGGCUUGAGUAAACCUGUGUUUACUCAAUAAGAUGAACAUAUCCUGGCAAUGCCUCUGCCUUUGGUAUUCUUAAGCUGCAUCCUGCUAGAGAAAAAGCACAGAAGACUUACAUAUUCACUGUGUAUUGUAUAUUAGAAGGAUUACACUGUAAUCCUUCGCUGUAAUAUGUGCAAAAACCACUGUCCUAUUUACCAGUUUCUUAAAUUUGUAUCCUGCCUUUCCAACAUUAAAAUUCCAAAAAAAUCAAAUGACUUCUAGGCACUAGAUUAUUCUUUUUUAAAAAAUCUUUUUUUCUUUGCUUUUCUGUUUUAUCAUAUCAUCAGUGCAUACUGUAUUAUAUAAUAAGGAUAAUAAGAAAGAAAAAUAACAUAAAUAUGACAUAUACAAAUAAAUAUUAUUAGUAACAUAGCUUAUUCCUCCAAUUUGUUUUACUCACCUAAACUUUGCCUUUAAUUCCACUUCCACUUUUUCCUUGGUUUCCUAACUGCUGUCUUUUCAACUGCGUUUUCUUACUCUACUCUUCAUUAUCUUAUAUUAUCCCACAUUAUAGCCUCUACUGCUGAGUAUUUUUGUCAGUCUGUUACGGUUAUUUUUUUGUUAUAAUAGUUUUCCAUAUAAUCUAUAUGUAAUAUCCAAUCCUCUUUCAAAUUCUUGUCAUCUUUAUCUAUUUGUCAUGCUGGCCAGUUCUAUAUAUUCUAAUAGCUUAAGAUGCCAUUCUUUUUAUGUUGGUACUUCGUCCAGUUUUGUGCUACCAGAACUCAAGUGUCUAUGGCCGCAUACAUCCAAAGAGUAAUUUGAUUUUUUGAUAUUUCUGUUGUUAUUAUUCCCAAAAGCAUUUUGGGAAAUGUUCUUCUAAACAUUUUCUUAAGUUCAUUAUAUACCAUCUCCCAAAAUUCUUUUACUAUUCUACAGGACCACCAUGAAUGAUAAAAUGUACCUGAUGUUUCUUUACACUUCUAACAUAAGUCAUCCUUAGAUCUAGAUUCUAGACAUUUUGGCUAAUUUACUCGGUGUCAAAUACCACCUGUGGAUCAUUUUUAAACAGUUCUCUUUUAAAGCGUAACUAGCAGUAAAUCUUAGGUUUAUAUUUCACAAUUGUUUCCACCGAUUCAAAUCAAUGUUGUGACCCACAUCUUGUAGGCACUAAAUUAUUCUUAUAGUGAUGAGGGUAAGUCACAUUUGAGAGGUGAAAGCAAUUUAACUGUAGUCAGUGACUGAUGAAACAUUGCUUUCCCCCCAGCUUUUUAAAAACUUGUGACACUAUGAACUACUCUGCUGUUUCCUCUUUUUUCUUGCACAUUGCCAUGUUUUGUUAUGCAGGGUGGUCAGAUGAGGGAAGAAGAAACAAAAGAAAGUUCUGCUGUACCCCAUCAUUGUUCAGGAGAGUCCCUGAUCCCAGUAGAGUAGAUUUGGAGGGCAGAGGGUGAAUUGGUGAAAAUUGCCUCCGCUUUUUCAUUAGUAGAGAUCUCCUCUGGCUCAAAAGCUAUCUCAUGAACACAAGGGCAUCACUGGAUACAAUCCAGUUUACUGCAUGUGAUUUUUGUCUUUUUCUUUUUCUUUUAGUUUUCAACCAGUGUGCCGUGGCGCCCUAGGGUGCCUUGAAUGACGGUCAGGGAUGCUGCAGGCAACACUGGCCUCUGUCCCUCUUUCCUUCCCUCCUUCCUCUGAGGCCCUCUCGCAUCUCUGCCUCUCAAAGGCUUGUGUGGCUGUUUGUUGCAACAGCCCUGGCUACAAGCUCCCCAGGCAAAUGGUUCCUUAGGGGCUGGCCAGGGAGUGCUGGUUUCUAGGAGCUAAGGUGGCCUCAGAGUAAGUAAGCAACUAGGUGAAGGAGCCUAGCCAGCCAGUCCCCCAGCCCCUGCUGUUGGGAACAGACAAACAUGUGGGAUGCUGGGCAGGCAGGCAGGCAGGCACCCCACUGGCCCUUUUUGUGCUUGAUGGGAACUGAGUGCCCAGUGUUGAAGGGGAGCCUUUCCACCAUGCAGGCCCAGCGCCACCUUCUGCUGUCACUGCUGCCUGCCAAGGUGAAUAAGAUGCUGGCCUCAGGCUUCUAAGGCUGAAGGCAACCUCUGCCCCUGUGGGGCAGCAUGAGGAGGCACCUCUCUUAGGGAUGGAUGGGGGGCAGUGGCUCAGAGACCAGGGGCAGUGGCGGUGUCUGCCUGGAGGACUGCCAAGGAGAGGGGAGAAGAGAGGAGGCUGAAGGAACACUCCAUGGGAGGGUGUUCAAAAAGGAGCGAGGGGCUGUCAGCUCUGCAGGCAAGGGGUGACAUAACUGGUUCGGAGUGCAUUUCCCCACUGAGGAGCUGCAGAAAGAGUGCAGUUGUUCAAGGGAGAUGUGGACUCAAAAAAGUUGAAAGCCUCUGCUCUAGCCACUCAAUUUGGAAGUAGUGUUCCAUAUUCAAUCAUUCUGUCAUCUUAACCGCCCCUCAUUUUUUGGUGUAAUUAAAUUACUGUUCAUGGAGUUAGAACAGAAAAUCUAGGCUAUGUGUGUUUAGCUUCUUUGGACUCUCGAUUCACAUAUGCAUGUAGUUGAUUUCUCAUCACUUAAUGACUUGCAACUCAGUAUGUGAAUUGCUUCCUUUGAAAAUUAGGGUGAUGAGAUGAUAUAAAAGCUCUCCCUCUGGAGUUUUAUCUUUGAAGACUGUUUUGCAAAUGCCAACCAUCAAUUGAUACUACAAUUGCUGAGUGAUGAAUAACUAUGUGUAAUCAAGCAACUUCAUAAAAGUGAAAUAAUGUUAUGCUUUAGAACAGGAUCUGGACCCAGUUAUUGAACAUAUUUUCAGACAAUUAGGAUUGUUUCACACUUAAAUACUGCAAUCAGAGAUACGGCCUCUUUCGGUUCGUUACAGAACCCUAGAAAUCUACAAAAUAUAAAUGGCAUGGGUAAGGCUGGGUUCUAGCCCUUUUUGUUUGUGAUAUCACAGGUACAAUCCUCACCAUGUAGCACUUGCAAUAAAACCACUCGUUGAGGAAAUAUUAAAUUUUUCCAGCAGCACGAUAAUUGCAUUUGGAAUUUCCACCUGUAUGCAGGAAUAAUGCCUUUCAGAAACGAAGUGAUAUUUCAAAAAGACCAUGGAAAUUGUUAAUAUCCUGUGUUUGCACUACCACAAUACCCACAUUAUUGUGGAUUUUUUUAUUGAUAUGAGAUGCUAAUAAAGGUUCUUUAUUCCAAACAUAAAAGGCCAGCCACAGACCAGGCAUCUUAUAACCAGCUCUUGAAAUGAAACAAAACAAAAACCUCACCACAAAUACAUCAGGCCUCUUUGAAAGCUAUUACAGACUUGCUGUUUUAAACAUAACAGUGUAUAAAGAAAACACUACAUGAGUAUGCUGCUAAUGGAAACCAGCAUGUUUGCCAAAACAAGUGAAAAGUACACACUGUGUCAACUGAUUCAUGAUCAGAGACAAGUUGUCAAAGACAGGGCAUCUGAAUUACUCAUUCCAAAAUUGACUUAAUGUAUUUUGUGCUUCUUGCAUUGUUUUAUAAAAUAUAGAUUCUGAUGAAUGUUUCAGUGUUGAUUGUUAUGAUUCAUAUCUAAGAAAUGGAUUGCUAGUGAGGGGAUAACUUCCAUGCUUCUAAACAGGUCUGCAAUGGUGAGACUUCUGGAGGUACACUGAGCCAGUUCUGAUGUAAGUGCAUGAACCAUGAUGAGCACUGGGUUUGAGUGCUUGCCUUCUCUGGCAUGUGCCAGGUGAGAAGUUCGGAUACAUUUGCUACUGGUUUUAAACUAAAUGGAAUUCCUUAUUAUGUCUGAACUGAGGGAACUCUAGUUAAUGAACAAGCCAGGGUAAUAAAUCAGAGCUCACUGGUUUUGAAAGGCUGUGAUAAAGGCCAAGUGACUAAAUUUAUCUUCUGUUACUGCAGGGUUACCAACCCUGGAGGCAUCACACACCAGCAAAGGUUUUCUUUAGUGCUCCCAGAAUGAGCCAAAAUCAUCAGAUUUUUAUUUAUUUUUUAAAGGGAUUUCUAGCAUUUUUAGAACUUGGGAUAUAAGAUUAAAUUUACUGACACUAUUCUUCUCAACUGUUGUGAGAAAUUAGCCUGUAAUCUCUUAUAUUUGCAUUUCAGGUUUUGUUUUUAAGGUGCUGAAACAUUUAAAAUAUUCCAUCCCUGCUACUGAGUUUUGUGGAUAGCUUGGUAUCAAAUAUGCUCAGCUACAUAAAUACCCCUCCAUUAUCUCUUUAAUGGACAGCACUUCUGCCGUGACUUCUCAGUUUGAUUCCUUUUCAGAAUAGAUCAGUUACAUCAUCAUCAUCAUAAUAAAUAAUCAAUUUUUAUUUAUACCCUGCCCUCCCCAGCCAAGACCAGGCUCAGGGAGGCUAACAACCGAUAAUAAAAACAAGUUGAUUAAAAUACAAUUUAAAAGAUUAAGAUACAACAUUAAAACAUUAGGAUACAGUCUCUUCAUAGGAGGAGAAAGGAAAAAGAAAGAGGGGGAGGGAAUCAAACUGAUUCUAAGCCAAAGGCCAGGUGGAACAACUCUGUCUUACAGGCCCUGCGGAAAGAAAUCAGAUCCCGCAGGACCCUGGUCUUGUGAGACAGAACAUUCCACCAGGCUGGAGUCAGUGUUGAGAAGGCCCUGGCUCUGGUUGAGGCUAAGCUAACUUCCUUAGGGCUCGGGACCUCUAGGGUGUUGUUAUAUAUGGACCUCAAGGUCCUCCAUGGGGCAUACCAGGAGAGGCGGUCCCGUAGGUAUGAGGGUCCUAGGCUGUGAAGGGCUUUAAAGGUCAAAACCAGCACCUUAAAUCUGACCCUGUACUCCACCAGGAGCCAAUGCAGCUGGAAAAGCACUGGGUGAAUAUGCUCCCAUGGCAGAGAACCUGUGAGGAGCCUCACUGCAGCAUUCUGCACCCGCUGGAGUUUCUGGGACAGCUUCAAGGGCAGCCCCGCAUAGAGCGAAUUACAGUAGUCAAGCCUGGAGGUGACCAUCGCAUGGAUCACUGUGGCCAGGUUGGGGCGGGAAAGGUAAGGGACCAACUGCUUGAUGCGGCAAAGGUGGAAAAAUGUUGCUUUGGCUGUUGUUGUAAGCUGCGCCUCCAUGGAAACGGAGGCAUCAAGGAUUACACCCAAACUCUUAAUGUAAGGCAACAGUUUUACAGCUGGGCUUGCAGCCAGAUCCCAACUCUGAAGUAUGUCCUGGUGAUUCCUGUGGGUCUUAUUCCCAAGUAAGGGACAAACUGCAUGCUGCAACACCAGCAUAUAUCCCCUUGUUUGCAAGAUUUUGCACUGGCUGCCUAUCUGUUACUGGGCCAAGUUCAAGCUUUUGGUGCUAACAUAUAAGGCCCUAUACAGAUGGAUGCCAACAGCAGCAGUAACAUACCAUGGUGGGGGGAAAAUAACUCCUAAUGAAAGAAUUUUUUUAACAAUCCCACAUGCAGACUUCAAAAGCUCUUUAUAAUCAGUUUAAAAUUAUUUCUGCUGCCAUCUAUAUUAUUUUACCUUCUCUGGUUCAUUUCCACACAUGCCCUGAUUCCCUUUAGUGAUCUCUCAGUAAUUUGCAUUGAUGUAAGAAGCCUUCUAUCACUCAAGCAAACAUCUUUUGUGGUUUAAGCCAAAAUGCUAUUCUAAACCCACUCCUUCAUUAAUCACAUACGGUGAAAUGUAUUUUAUAACCAAAGGUAAAAAACUAUACUGCUCUUUGUUUUGAGUGUAGCAAGUGUUUGCUGUGUAAAUAAUGUCACUAAUUAUAAAAGUGCUAAAACAUUUUUAAAAAUUGCAUUCAAUUGCUAUAUGAACAAAUAAUAAUUAUAAUAUAAUUGGCCUUUCAAAUACGUCUUGUUCUUGGAAUGUAAUGGUUAAAUCAGUGGUAACUUGUAUCAGAACAUCAAGGCAAAUGGAGCUAAAUGCUAUAAUUAUUGCUUUCUACAAUAGAUAGGCAAUAAUAUGCUGGCUGCAGGUGUUUCAUAAUGAUGUACAUGUAGAUUUAGUAAAAAAGAUGGUGUAGUAUAAUUAUAAUUAACUAAAUUCAACAAAGAUAAGAAGUGAGCAAUUUUCCUGAUACAUCAGCAGUUCCUUAUGCAAAUUUUGGUUACAUUCAAUUAAUUCUAGUUGUCUAAAUUAUAUUUAUUUACUUCUCAAAAAGAUAUGCAGUCUAACUUUCUUUCCCCAAGACAAUCAUGUAGGCCUGAUCUGUGAACUAGCUCAUAGAUGUGCUUCUGGUCCCACUGAAAUUGUUUCUUCUUGAACCUGAAGCUAUUUCCACCAGGGAAAGGGUGGUUGUUACUAUUAAAAGUAAUAAAGCUUAUUGGAUGACGGGUGGAUGAUGUGUGUACUAGAAUGAUGUGUGUACCAAAUGAACACAUAUGAGGUAUAUGAGGUUGAAUCCAUUGAAUUAGAUUGUGUUUCUUUGACUUCCCUGCUGAUCAAAGGUAAUGUGAUAUUACACGACGUUGUAAAAUUUAAAAUGCUACUCAUGCUGCUAACAACUCAUGGACAGCAAGAUGGAUCAUGACAAAAGUGCAGAAAAACACAACUGCAUCCAAUGUAGCACAAGAUAUGGGCCACACAAUUCGGUUUAUUGAACCGUAUGCAGGCAACUGUAUCUAGGCUGUCUACGUCUGUUUGCAGGCAGGCAAGAACAGAAUUAAGAACAAAACACAGUUUCUGACUGGGGUGGGGCCUAACCAUUGGCUCUCCAGACACCAAUAAACUCAUAAACACCCAUCAGCCCCAGCCAGCAUGGCCAUGGUAAGGUAGAAUGGGAGUUGUAGUCCAGCAACAUCUGGAGGGCCACAAGAUAGCCACCUCUGCUUUAGAUUAUUAUUGGAGGUAACGCUGGAAAAUAUUUACAGCCUAAUAAAGCCACCAAUACAGUGUCCUUCCAUGUACUCUGAGGUCUAGCUUACAGUGUUGAUAUUUCUUUGAGUAGCAUAUGCCACACAAAGAGAAGGGAAAGUGAGAGCAGAGUUACAAAAGAGAGAUGUGGUAUUGGUUAAAAUGAAAUAAAGUGAUGGGAAGAAAUGAAUGUUUUUAAAAGGCCUUUAAAUAUGUGACCUACUUUGUGGACUGCCCCCAUGUUUCUCUGUACUUUUUGUUAAAUUGUUUUCAGUUGUGCAUGGUUCCAUUUGCAUACUGCAUAAUGAGCAAAAUACAAAACAAACACACACACAUAUUUUAUUUGUACCAAUGUGUAUAUAUCUUCCUAAAUAAAGAAAAAAAUGAUACUUGUCAGUGUCCCUUGACAAGUCAGUAAAUUGAAAAAAAGUCACACAAACCAGUGCCUGAUUGGGGGAAAAAACUUUUUUAAAAAAAAUGUAUAACAGUUAUAUCUUGACUUCCUUCCACCAUAGUACCCAAGGCAGCAUACAUGUGAUACCUCUUCAUAUAUAACUUGUGAGACUAUCAGUUUGUCUAAUUCGAUUUGCUUUAUGCCAUGGAAAAUUUUACAGCAGCAGCUAGCUCAUCAAUAGAAAUAAAAUACAUUUUGUUCUUCAUUGCAGAUGAUCCAAGGUGUCUGAACUAUAAUACGUGGGGCUGAUGGAAUGUAGCAGUGCAUUUUUUUCUUUUUAGAAAUUAAUUUGGGAAGUCAACGGCUAAAAUAGGAACAUAGGAAAUUGCAUAGUAUCAAGGGGUCCAUUUAACUCAGUAUGUAUUGUCUCUAUUAAAUGACGGCAGCUUUCUAGGGUUUCAGAUAUGGGAUGUUCCCAGUCCUGUCUGGAGAUGCCAGGGAGCCAAGACAUCCCUAAAUUAUUAUUUUAAUGUAAGAGUGGAAUGUUCUAAAAUGACUCUUAAAAUGUGGCAGAUACCAGUCUACUCUUAUAAGCUGUUUUAGGUGUACUUGUACAGAAAAAUAGGGUAUAAAUAAUAUUAAUUUGCAAACAGUUUUCUAACACUAGUUUUCAGUUACAGUUUAAAGAAGAGUAAAGCUGUAUAUACUGGCUAAUUAAAGCUCAAUGGGGUCAAAGAGAUUUUAGCACCAAACUGCUCUUGGAGUUACAACCAUUUUGUAUUUUUUAAUGGAAUUGUUCUAUCUAUAGACACCAUUGUUGUUAUAUGUUAUAAUUGUAAGCUAGUGAGUCAGUUACACAGUUGCCAGUGAAACAAGGCUGUCUAAAAUAGGGGGAUCAGAAGAAAACGGAGUUCAGGAAGGGCUUACGUUAUCUUUCUAGUGAAAUACCUCACCAGAAACUAGAUUGCUCAACUGUUUUGACCGUCAGUGAUUUCUCAUUUUUAAUCCCUGGAGCAUAAAUAUCAUAUUUCUUCAUCAGUCAGCAGUAGUUUUAUUAAUAUAAUUACAGUAAAAGGCAAUAGAUCUUCAUUUUGUCCUGAUUAUAAUUAUAAAUGUAUUGCCAAAAUUAUUACAUUUUAUAUUGACACAAGACAUGCUAGCGCAUGCAUUCUGCCAAUGCAAUGUUGAAAACACAUUUCUUUCUACAUGAAUAUGUUCAUGCUGUUUAAACGGUGACCAUUCUUGCUUUCCAGCUUUGAUCACAGAAUACACAUUUCUAAUGGGUGUUUCAAUGCUUAGUCCCCAGAGUGUGCUUUGACUUCCUUCUUGGAGUCACCAUGCACUAUUUGUCCUGCAGAUGCUUUUCUGGGUUGCAUCUAUUUAUGGCUGAUAUGGAGAACCUGUGGCCUCACAGAUGUCAAUGUAUUCCAGUUUCCAUCAUUCCUGAUUAAUGGACAUGCUGGCUAGGGCUGAUGGGAGUUGGAGUUCAACAACCACAGCUUCCCCAUCCUAGGUCCGUGGAAAACUUUGUCCUGGAUUAUGUUGCCUGUUCUCUCUGGACCUAAUGGAUUCAGGGUUCAAGGACAUUCUUUUUGUACCCAGCUACUCUGAUUCAGUAAUGUUUGACAUUUUUUAAACAACAUUUUAAGUGGGAUUAGUAACAGAAUCUUUUCAGCAAUUGUGGAUACAACUACAAAUAUCAUUAAUUUGGUAGUUUUAGGCUGCAAUAUUUGGUUAUGUUAGGGCACAAUAAUUGCUCCUUGGGAAGUAUGCCCUUGUGAUACUUGCAUUUGCAUUUAUAGUUUAUAUUUUUAGGUAUAUUCUUAAAAUAUCUUAAAAUAUCCCUGCACACAUAGUGUGUGAAACAACCCUUGAAUGCUUUUAGUUUACUGUAACAUGUUGUAGAUAACCCUUGUUUUAUGCAUCUAUCAUAAUGGCAUAAAAAUAUUAUUUUGGCUAUGGUUUGUCAGAAACCAUUAAACCAUUGACACAACGUCUUUUUCUAUUUCACUAUCAAACCAUGCAAUGUAGUAGAAAAGAAAUAAAACAGCCAAAUAAGGAGUGUGCAUAUACAACAUUGCUUUUUUCUUUCUUUCUUUCUUUUGUUUGCAAGAAUGCCCCAGCACUCCCACACAGAAUAAUUACAAAUAAUAAUGAUAAUGGAAAUGUUUAGGAUCCAUAAUUUCAGAUAGUUGUAGGCUAAGACCUUCACAUGCAUAGUAAGACAUAACAUUAAAACGUCUUAUAAAAACAAAUCAGUCUGAAAACACUGUGCUGGAAGUCAGUGGUGAAGCAGCAAAGGUCUAUAUAACACUAUGUUCCCAAACCCCUCCCCAUGUUUUUCCCUAAUAGAGAUCAACUAUAAGGGAGUGUGGAGCCCAUUUACAGCAAUGGGUGAAAUGGGAGCUUCAAGUAGUUCACUGCUUUUAGCUUACUAUUUUUACUAUGGCCGGGUUCAUAAAACACCACAAGCUUUGUGUUUAUACCUUUGUGUACCUGAACCAUAUGAAUGUGCAGGUACCUGGAGAGGAGUUGAUAGUCACUUUGCUCUACGCUGGUCAUUCUUACUAUUACGCUGUGCUAAAACCACAGUUUGGCUUCUAACCCAGGGCUCAUGGUUUAGAUUGCUAACCAUGAGCUGUAGCCAAGAACAAUCCUUAUCCAGUAGAAUCAAAGUUGGGGAUGCUGUUCAGGCAUGUAAACUGAAACCAGUGGAGCUAUGUAGUGUACUAUGCAAAUACGUCUAGUACAGACUGUUGUUGGUUGGUGCAUUUUCUGUCUGCUUGAAAGCAAGUUUUAUUGCUGUCUGACUAUUGGAGGGGAAGCAGUUACUCAUGGGUAUUGUCAUGUCAUUUUUCUGUUUUAAUCAGUAACAUAGAGCAUUCUUUUUAGAUUAUGCUGAAGCCUAGCUAGUUUUGAGGGUGAACUCUUAACAGAAAACACAAAUGUACAUUUCCCCCCCGCAGAGCAAUUAAAUAUCUUUAUUUAACUCUUCGCCACAAUUAAAAACACAAAUCUGUGUGAAAGAGACAAAACAAUUUUGUAGGAACAAAAGUGGAAAUGAGGAAAAAAGCAAAAACAACUAGAUUAUCUUGGAAUUUAGUUGCUACCCAAUUGCCCUUGUUUGUUGGCUCUUUUCCUCCUCUCCCACUGUUUUACUUGCAUUUUCAACACAGUCCUAUACCUAUCUACUCAAAAGUAUGUCCAGUGAUGCUUGCUUUCAGGGAUAUGUGCAUGGGAAUUCAGCCUUGUUACAGAAGAUAUAUUUUCACUGCUAUUUUUCUUUUAUUCAGUGUUUUUCAGCACAUGAUUGGUUUUAAUUUGAAUUUUCAGCAAAAGAAAGUACUGACUAUGUUCCCAACUGAGGCUACAGAUGUGUUAAUGUAAACCUUAGACUGCACUGAGUUUCAAGUUGUACGUUUCAUUCAUAUUUCUUUGGGCUUUGGUUUUAAAAUAAUUCAAAAUAGCUGUACUUGAUUAACAGAGUGAAAAUGUGAAGUUUAAUCUGCAUUAUUCAGUGAACUGAAAAAACAAACACUGUAGCUUCAUGGGCAUAGCCAGGAUUUAUUUGGGGGGGGGGGACAGAACCGAGUUAUCUGUGAUGCAAUUGGUCAGUUUGUUAAGUAUUUUUCUUUAUUUACUUAAUGGGGGUGGGGCAGCUGCACACAUCCCUGGCUACGCCUUCUCAAAACUGUGUGGCCUCCUUCUCAAAACUGAUUUGAAGCAACUAACAGUAGGAAAACCUCCACUCAUGAUGAUUAACACUGAUUUAUAGAGUAUAGAUGAGCACUGUCACUAAGAAAGUCUUGGCUUUGUAGAGCAUAAUUGUACUUAGAAUUAUUUGUUUCAAACUCCAAAUUAAUGCUGGGCAGUACAAAUUUCAUGAAACAAAAUGGGAAUUGAAAACAUAUUCAAAUAGGAUAUAUGGCGUUCCAGACAUUUGAGAAUCUAGUGUUUAGAGGACAGUGCAGAAACAGAAAAACCUGACAAUCUUGGUUUAAUUAAACCUCCGAAACCAUGAGAACAGGGUGAAGGUGGAAAGCAAGCUGCACGUAAUAAUUGCUGUCUGCAUUGGAAAUAAAUUGCACGACUAACAUUUCAGUGAAACAACAAUGUGAAGUAGAUAGCAUAAGAAGCAGAUUCUUAAAAAACAAAACAAAUGAGGAAACACUUUUCAGAUGAGCUUUAUGCAAAAUUGAAAAAGGAUGUUCUUGAUUAAGUAUGGUUGGUGGCAAAUCUUAACAGCCAAGGCCUAAUGAGUAGAACACUAGUUUAUUGGUUUUCUGUUUAUUAGUAUGCUGGUUUUUAUUAAUUUACUUGAUGUAUUGUGGCAAUAUCCAAAAUAGACCUGCUGAAAUGGACAAGUUAGUCAUGUCCAUUAAUUAUUAUGGGUCUUUUCUGAGUAUGAGUCACAUUGGACAUAUUUCUAGGUUUUGAAGUCUGAAAGCUGAAUUUGGAGGUUGUAUUCUCAAUAUGUGUAUGCAUGAUGGACAUAGGAAAACAGAAAAUGAAAACAUUGCUUUCUUCUUGAUCUGCUUCAUCACAAGUAGAACACUUAAUUCUUCCCCUGCCCUCCUGCUCUAGAUAGGCAGAUUCCCGAUGCAGUUUGAAUGCAUUCUGUUUUAGAUGAGAUGUUAAGAUGCUUGAAAACAGGAAACAAUGAGAAAGUUGCACUUUCUGUUGUUUUUUCCUGCAUCACUAUCUUGUCCAAAGACAUUCAGUUCAGUUAAAGUACAAUACUCUAAGGUAAGGGCAUAAAUAAUGGCAAGGGUGUAUUUUUUGCAGAGGUAGAGAACCUGCAACCUUCCAUAUGUUGUUAGACUCCAAUUCCCAUCAGCCCCAGUCAGUAUGAACAGUAGUCGGGGAUGGCAGGAGUUCUAGUCCAAUAGUAUCUGAAAGAUUGUAGUUUCUGCAUUCUUGUGUUUUUGGUAAAGAGGUUUCCUGCUCACAAAUAUUUUGUUUGUAUUCUAGAAUUCAUCAUCUUUUUUUUUUGUUACGAUAUGUCCACCUUUAGUGCCUCAAAUUGUUAAUUUACUUUCUUAGAAUAGACUAGACAUAAAUGGAUGUGAGUGAAUGAGGCAUAUAUAUGAAACAUAUACCUCAUAUAGUUCAAUCAGUCUGGAGGGUCACAGGCCUCCUGUCCGUGAUCUACAUCUUAAAGGUAAUUUUGCAUAUUUUCCUUUGUUUUCUUUUGCCUUUCCUCCUGGCACGGUCUGGGUGAAUGGUUGGGUGUUUUCCAGUAGUACAAAAAUGUCUAACCAGUUUUCCUUAACACAGGAGUGUGGUGGGUCUUCUAAGCUGCAAAUGUAACUCCUAGCAGCCAUAAAAAUAGUUUACAGACUAUCCUUUUUCUUCUGUCGCCAACUGACAAUCUUCUGUUUAUACUGAUACAUAUGUACUGAAAGAUGGGUAUUCAAAAUACAAUGUAUGUUUUAGUACAUCAUCCAGAUUUCCAAGGGCUUUUGGAGCAAAACCAUUGUGAUGAUGCCACACCUCACCAGCAAAAGGAAGUGAAGUUCGUGCAUCUUAAUAAUGCUUUCACCCUCCCAAACGUGAUACAGUUAUAGCAGUCAGUCUCUCCCUGCCCCCUCGGUUGGAAGCAGGUGUGUUGUUGAUUCUGUUAGACAGGUUGUGGGAUUUUAUUUCAGAAUUCUUUACUGAGACCACCCAAAAGAAAUGCCAAAUGUGCUGCAGAGAAUACUACCUCAAGUUCUUGUUAGUUCUUUGCGGCAACUAACAUCUGGGCAUCUUUUGAUAUAGUUACACACAGCUGCCAAUAUAAAUAUAAGCUUAUUCUUCAUUUCAGUUGGGAGUGGAAGUUCAACUCAGCUGAACCCAGGGUAAAAAGAUACAGUGGUCAGUGAUCCCUUGGCCUUCUGUCUCCCAGCCAUUAUUGUUUGCCAGUGAAAUAGCAUGGUUUUUAAAAGUUGGUGUCAAGGCUGCCUCAAGUCUUAGCUCACAAAAGACCAACGCCUAUGUCUUCUUAUAUACAAAAGCGUUUAUUGCAGUUCAUGGUUUGCUUGACAUCCUAGGCGCGCAGCCUUACGUCUCUUACGCUAGACCGCCGAAGUCCCCUCUGAGUCAGUUCCUCCCCUGCACCAAUUUAAGAGACUUGCGCUGCUCCACCUCUUUCUCUCCUUCCUUUUCCGCAGGGUCCUUCUGCCCACUGGGGUUUCGCCCCUCCUGGAUUCCUCUGACGCUGAAUCCCCAGACUGCUCUUCCCCCCCUCCUGCGGGCUUUGGGACCUGGCCCCUCCUCCGGGCUCCCUGCACUUCCGCGCGCCUCUACAUUUGAACUAGGCGCGCGCGCCAAACCUCUAACUUUCCUUUUGACAGUUACACUACUCCCUUCACUGCUCCCUCCCUUCCGGGAGGGCGGCUUGCUCUGACCCCCUCCUUUCUCUGCUGCUGGAGCUGCUUCCUCUGACACACUGGAAACUCCACCCCCUUCGCUGCACUCUGGUGGGGAGGCUGGUCCUGACGCCCAGCUGCCACUUUGGGAUCCUCCGCUGGCACCCUGCUCCUGACACUUCCCCCCUGGGGCUCCCUGGCCUUGACCACCGGCGCCCCUUCUGGGAAUCCUCUGAUUCGCUGGAAAGACUCAUGGAAUCUCUUGAGUCAUUGUCAUCCUCUUCCUCGCUGGCUUGGAAUUCCUCCCCAUCGCUCUCCAUCUCCUGCCUACCCUGUGCCUCUCUCCCUGAACCCCUGACAGUUGGCUUAACCUGUUGCAGUCAGAAUCGAUCAACAUUCAUGCCAAGUCAGCCUUAAAAGGGUCACCUUAGGCUUCCAUGGCUUCAUGACAACAGUUGGGCUGGUAUGUGUUGUUACUGGGCCUAUGCAUUCUCCAGGGCACAUUCUGAACCUAGUAUUUUUCACCUAUCAAGUGGUUUGAAGGUGAGAGCCUAUUGUCAUAAUCAGAGCCAGACUGUUAAAUCUCUUUCUCAUGAAAUUAGGCAGACAGCAAACAUUCCUCUGUGCAGAAGAGUUGGGCCCAUUAAGUGUGUUCAUUCUGGGAGACUUAGGAAUCCCAUAAAUUCAUGAAUACCCUAGGAGUUUCCAGUUGACAUGGCCGGUGCCUCUAUUAAAAACCUUGUCUCACUAUGAAAUUGUGAGUUGUAUUGGGCUGUUAACAUGAUUCCUCCCACUGAAUUGCUCACAGUUGCUCAGGAAGUUAUUCAGCAGAGUUUCUUUGAGGGGUUAGUGGCCUGUUGGGUGAUAUUUUAGAACAUUUGGAGGACCUCUGUGACAUGUUUGUGAGACGUUUUGAUGAUAAAAUGGCUCUUAUCUAUUCCAACCUUGUCACCACUGUAUCUGGAAACAAUUAAUCAAUUUGUAGUUGUUGUGGCUUGAUGAUGUAGAUGAGGUGCUUGGAAUGACGCAGCUGACCAUUUGUGGAUUUGCCCUUUCCACAUCUUCCACAUCUAGCUAUGGAAUAAUUACAUCUAGCUGUAGAAUAAGUACUAUAUAUUUGUAUAGUAGGCUAUGCUUAAGCCAGGCAAAAGCUCUUGAGGGUGUGGUGCAGAGCUGGGGAGCGGCCUGGGCCUGGGAAAGGUUCUAAGGGCUGGAUAAAGAAGCCCAGUUUCUUUCCCCGGUCACCAAGAAGGAGGACUUUCUUGGCAAUGGAACCCCGAUUGUAGAAUGCCUUAAAGCGGCUGAGGGCAGACCAGAGUAAGGCCUGUUCCCCUCUAGUCUGUUCCCAAGGCCCGCACACUUGUCUAGGCAAUGCUGUUUUGUGUGUUGUAUGUGUGGUCUCGCUUCAUACGGUGGCAUAGCUGAAUGUAUAGAAUACAAGUUACUGAGCACCAAUAACUCUACUAGAAAACAAAUAUGAGACUGCUUUCCGGCAGCAUAUUACCAUAAUCCAACUAGUAUUGAAGCAAAAGUAGACAUCAGUGUGUUGUAUGGGCGCCCACACAUAGUGGGAAACCACUCAAAUCAGAUGUAGUAAGUGUGCAUCCGAAUCCAUCUGGAGCUACAAGGCAUUUCUUAUUUAAAAGCAGAGGGUGCAUAUCUUUUUGUGGAAUCAAACUUUUGUAAUAUGAAUUUAUAGACUGUAUGACUGGCAAGAUUCCAAAAUGCUUUGUUUUCCAAAUUACAUUCACAUGGCACUAUAAAUGUUUUGUUCUUUGGUUGGUAUAUUAAUGCAGUAAAUCAUCCAUUUAAAUAACAGUAAAAUAAAUAUUACACGCCAGGAAGAUAGAUUUUUCAAUACAGCAUUAACUGUACUAGGUUAAUGGAUCCUGCGGUUCAAUAACAAUACAGUCUACAUUUUGGAGAUGGGGAAGUAGAUUACCACAGAAUUUACGUGAUACAUAGGGAAGAUCAAUUACUAGGAUUGCUGUUGCAGGUUUUACUGAUGAGUAAAACAAUUUUCUGUACAUGUUCCAUAAGCAUCACACAUUUGGGAUGCCAGAACCAUAGAGGCAGCAGUGGGUGGUCGGUAAUGUGAGAUAAUUGGUGUGGGACAAGAACAAGAUCUCGGCUGCUCGUUUUGUUUUUCCUAUCCUUCUGUGUUUAAUGGUUUACAAUAUGACUAAACUUUUCAAGUAUCUAAGUCUGUGAUGUUUCCCGUUGUUGAAUAUUUGGCUUCCCUCAAUGAGAAUAUUGAAAAGCAGGAUUGUAACAUUAUAGAAAGAAAGUUGUAUGGAAAGAAAGGCAGGAGCACUUGUAAAUAUGAUUGACCAUGACAUCUUUUAUUGAGUCAGUUUGCACUGCCAGUUUAAUUCAGCAGAAACUCCAAGAAAGGUUCUUUGCUAUCAAAAUAUCACUGGAACAAAGUGCUCACUCACAGGUCCAGCUAGAUAUUAGAAAGACUGUCUGAUUCUUGUUUCUAUUUUUAUUUGGGUUUAAUGAAUCCAAACCAUAAAGCAGUCAUUCAGAAACUAAAGGUUCUGCACAUAAACAUGUUGGGAACACAGCAAAAACGUUUAGCGAUCUGUAAAUUCAAAGGAUUCAAAGGAUCUGUCAAUAGAGAAGACCCUCUUCCACUGACCAUUGUCAGUCAAAAAUGUGCAAACUGAGUGAAGAGAACAGGAAAUAUUCAGCUAAGUUUAUUUCUUUAAAAAAUAAAUUUAAUAUUAAUGUGCUUUACUUGUUGUAACCUGCUCUUCACUGUAUUGUGCAAAGUUAUUUCUCUGCCCUGCUACCUAAGAUUCUUUUUCAAUUGUAGAUCUCGAAAAUUGAAUCUCUGGCCAUCUGUAGCCAAAGGAUGUCAUGUGCCACUGAGAUAUGGGCCUAUCCGCUUCCUACUUUUUCUUCCUAAUUCCUACCAUUUCCCUAUUAAUAUUUUAAAUUCAUAUUUUGAUUUCCCAUCCUAGAAAUGAAAGCAGCUGAUAAUGGGUAUAUUUUUGCUCUCUUUCAGGACAAUUUGAAGCUUCAAGAGACCAUGGAUUCAGCUGCUGCUCUUAUCAUGGCAUUAAUAAGAGACAGAAAUCCUGCCUAUGUUGGACAGCUUCUAGUAGCGUGAAAAGGAGAUGUGCAGAUAUUUCAAGGAGGGGUCAAUGCAGGCUUUUUAAGUUGGAAUCUACCAAGAGUAUAUUUUGGGUGGCAUUUAAAUAUUUAAGAGGGAGGUAUUAUAUGAAAUAUAGCUACUAUAAGGUUCAGAAUGUUAUGCUAUGUGUUACCUUGAGUGCCUUUGGGCAGCGAGAACUAAGGACUAUGAUAAAUAAGGUUGUUUGUAUUCUAAAGGGAUAUAACUGCAGAAGCAAAUUGUUUCAAAGCUGUGUGGACAUGAUCUAACCAGAGUGAAGUGCUUUAAAUGCAGUCAUUCCACGAGGAAGUGCUAAGCAUGUGUUACUAUAUUAUUACACUGGCUAAUUAAAGCCAUAAGAAGAGCCCAUCUAGUCCAAUAUUCUGUUCUCACAGGGACCAACCAGAUGCCUGUUGGAAACCCAAAAGCAGGAUCCAAGCAUAACACCACCACCCAACCCUGUGGUUUAAGGCAACCAGUAUUUCCCUCAUCUUCUCUCGAAUAACUUUUUGGUUUAAAUCAGGGGAAAUCAAUUAUAGGUGUUAUUUAAACAAAACAUUUCAGGCUGACAUUUAUUAAAUGGAUUGUGUGUGUAUUGCACUACCUUGCUGUGCUUUGAACCCCAGAUAAAGAAGUAAGUGGGCUUUUCGCUCGACUUCAGAUCAUAGAAUCAUAGAAUCAUAGAAUCAUAGAGUUGGAAGAGACCACAAGGGCCAUCGAGUCCAACCCCCUGCCAAGCAGCAAACACCAUCAGAGCACUCCUGACAUAUGGUUGUCAAGCCUCUGCUUAAAGACCUCCAAAGAAGGAGACUCCACCACACUCCUUGGCAGCAAAUUCCACUGUCGAACAGCUCUUACUGUCAGGAAGUUCUUCCUAAUGUUUAGGUGGAAUCUUCUUUCUUGUAGUUUGGAUCCAUUGCUCCGUGUCCGCUUCUCUGGAGCAGCAGAAAACAACCUUUCUCCCUCCUCUAUGUGACAUCCUUUUAUAUAUUUGAACAUGGCUAUCAUAUCACCCCUUAACCUCCUCUUCUCCAGGCUAAACUUGCCCAGCUCCCUUAGCCGUUCCUCAUAAGGCAUCGUUUCCAGGCCUUUGACCAUUUUGGUUGCCCUCCUCUGGACACGUUCCAGUUUGUCAGUGUCCUUCUUGAACUGUGGUGCCCAGAACUGGACACAGUACUCCAGGUGAGGUCUGACCAGAGCAGAAUACAGUGGCACUAUUACUAUUAUGUUCACCUUUUCAUGUGUGGAGCUGUCCCUUGCAAUGAAGAAAAGAAGGAUUUCGAAGGCAUACAUUAGACUCCCUGUGCAAGCAAAGAAAGACCAAUUCCUGGUUCUGUCUCUUGAGAAUGCUGCCUUGUCAUCACUUAACCUUAGGCCAAAUCCACACUUUGCGCAGCAGAUACUCUUUUUGUGACUACACCAGUGUUCCCUGCAACAAAUAUAUACGUUGCGGAUGACACAACCCACAUCUUUAAACAUUGACAGAAUGUGUUGAGAAGGAUCAGUCUUGUGUUUAAAGAUGCUAGUAUAUUGUUUGCACUUCAUGUGUGAUAGCUACAGAAAACAGUAUCCACAAUAUUUGAGCCUGCCAGGUAAGAUGUGGAGCAUCUCAAAAUGCCUAAGUGUAGGGCUCUUGUCUUGGAGUAGGUGGUUAGUGCCUCUUGCUCCUUAUCUGGGAAGCCUUUUAUCUUGUUAACGUAAAAUAUGAAUGAGCAAACCCCAGUUAUGUUUAUGUUCUUCAACCAAACUCUUUUCAUACAGUAUGUCAGUAAAUCUGUAAGGGAACUAAAACAAUAAUGGUUAAUGGUUAAUAAGCAGUGCAUAGCUUUACACGGGUAUUCAUGCACAACCUCUUUGAGCUUGACAAGGAAAUAAAAAGUGCUCACAUUAUGACCCUUGGGCCAUAUCCUGGGUGCAGCUUUGUGUAAUGCAGCUAAAUAUAAUCAAUUAUAGUAAGGCUGAUUGAAUCAUUGCAACAUUUUUGUGUGGUCAUUUCAAACGCUCAUGUCAUGGUUGGCAUGAUUGUUUUUAGCACCCUCAAGGAAGUAUAGUGAAGAGAACACUCAGAAAUGGAGGUGGAAGAGCUGUCUUGCAUGAUUCGGCCAUAUAAACUAUUAUUUUACUUAAAACAUUUUUAUUUUUCUAUUCAACCAACAAAAGAUUACCAGAGGAGCUUACAAAUAUCAAUAAGGAAGUGCUUGCCUUCAGGCUUGCAAUUUGAGAGAGAGUUGUAAAAACAAACAAACAUGGGAUGUGAGGCUCUAUAUCUUCAUUAUUCUCUUGUCCUUUGAUAACUUUACAAAGAUUUAUUUGCAUUUUUUUUAUAUGUACAGUUGUGCUCCUUCUGUUGAGCCUCAGCAGUUUCUGCAAGGAGGCAUUUACACUGAACAAUUGUUCCCAACCUUUCUCAAUGCUUGGGUAGGUGACAAAGAAUCACGGUAGUGUUAAUUUCCCUAAGGCAUAGGCUGAAAUUUCAAAACAAAGUAUGCAUGACUGAAACUUUGAAUCAAAGUCCUUGAUUUUGCAACUCAACUCUGCCAUGAAUUCACUAGAGGUGUUAGGCAAGCCACUGUCUCUGUGUCCUGUCUACGGCACUGGGAUAAUAAUACUGACCGACCAGUACCUUUCAGGGCUUCUGUUGUAUGGGGUAAUGCUAUGAAUUAUUAUUAUUAUUAUUAUUAUUAUUAUUAUUAUUAUUAUCUAUAGAUUCAGUAACCUUUUACCUGCCACUUUUUAUCAAAUAUAGAAUUUACAUCAUUGAAUCUUAAGCAUUUAACAUCUACCCUCAAUGCCAUGUUGCUCUGUGACUAUUCUCCUUUUUUGCUUUCUGUCUAGAAUAUUUAUGCAAAAAGCUCCAGAAUGAUUUAAAUUUCUUUGUACCACUCAAACCCCAUGGCAUUAAAAGAAUAUGUCUCUACAUUCUAUGACAUCAGGGAAGAACAGUUAAUGAUACUUGGGCAGGCAGGCCGGCCAAAUAGUGUCUUCCCAUAAGAACCUUAACUUCCGAUUGGAUUGUGCUCUGCAGAUUUAACAGCAGCAGUUGGUAGUAUAAUAACUUACACACUGCCAAUAAAAAAGGCAUCACAAAAAUUAGAUGUACAUAAUUUUUAUAUAUGUGAAUUAAUACAAAUAGAUACAAAUAUAGAAAUAACUGCUAUGGCUUGCAUCCAACACUGCAGGCAUAGAGUUCCACUCAUGCAAGAGGACUUCCUCUCUUGCUUGCACACCCUCAAAAUCUGCUCCAGAUUUUGCCCUCCGGAGAAGAUUUUGAGGGUGUGGGGAAAGCACUGCAGGGAAGCGAAGGGGAAAGUUCCAUCACACAAGUGGAAGCCUGCUAUGCUAGUGGAAUGGCAGCAUUAGACACAGCCCAGUCAUUCAAAUAGAAAUACAGUACAUCUCACCAUAGUAGGGAAGACUGGCCAGGUGACACAUGUGCUGUCCGGGUGCCAACUCUUGAUGGGCAACAUCAAGGCCUUUGCUUUCCCUUCUCAUGGCUAUUUAUGUUCUAACUGGAUUUUUAUCUAGGCAGCCUUUCAGUUGUGGAUUUCUUUAACUAGAGUCCUGCAAAGUAUGAUACAGGAUCAUGCUAGCAGCUGGCCCCUUUUCCCAUUUUUUUAUAUAAACUAUUUAAUUUGGGUAUAAUGUUUUUAGGCAUUGGGAAACAGAAUGGUCAGGAAUACUAACUUGUGUUGAGAACUAGUAGGAAGGGAUCUAGGCUCAGCUCAGUGGUUGAGCUUAAAAGCCAGCAUAUAUAUAUGUUUAAAAACCACUUCUUACAACUUACUUUUUAAGAGAAAUAGAUUGAAGGAUGUUGGGAACCUGAUCAUGCCAGAAAUCCUGAGAGAAAGCCCUUUUGCUCUGGUAUACCUCAGUUCAAGCAGACACAAGAUGCACUUCAAACACAGGAUUACAGAAAAGAGCAGGCAAUAAGAAGCAAAUCUUCCAUAAGCAAUUCAAAUCAACGCUGCACUAGAGAGAAGCAACUGUAGGCAUAACCGAAUAUUAUUAUGUCAUUCAAACCAUUGUGUUUGGUUAUGUUUACUGUUUAAAGUAACCCACCUGAUUAUUCCAUACUCUUUUUUUGACAGUAGAAUUACUUAGUUCUAAUCCCAGUGGCUU